GCUGGGAGGGAGAAGCCAGACUUUGAUGGGUUGGAGAGGAUCCUCAGUAAGGUUGUCGUAAGCCUUGAGGCGCUUGAGUCUUUGCGUUAGAGCCCCAAGUUCAGGUGAGGCUUUAAUUUCCCCUUGGAAAAGAACAUUAAUUUUCUUUGGGGGUGGUGCUGCAAGUGAACAAUAUCGCAUUUUAUCCUUACAAGCAAUAACAACACAUGGAAUAAAAGGUAAGCUCUUGAGAUUCUUGUGUCACAGGGGGUUCACUAGAUGACCCUUGGGAUCCCUUCCAACUCUACAGUUCUAUGAUUCAGUGAAAAGAAAACAAUGACACAUGUCAAUGUGGAAAGGCAGUACUGAGAUGUCUGUGUUAUGCAGGUAAGUAUAAUUGCAUUUCUGUAUUUAAUCAGGAAGAUCAUAUUUCUCCCCAUGGUAUGGGAAAGGAGUAGGUUGUUAUCUGAAACAUAAGAAAUGACGAUCCACCAGGUAGCAUAGAAAUGUUCCACAGGUUCUUCACCUUUCAUAAGGCAAAGUUUAUGAGUUAUCUUCUUGGUGAUUACAGUACUCCAUAUGUUUUCAUACCAUGGUUGAAGGUAUAAACCAUGAAGAUUCUCCCACUUUUGAGCUAUAGACCAUCUAGUGGCUACCAUGGGCUUAGCCAGGAUUUUGGCUAUGCCCAUGGCUGCUACUAAGAACCAAGUUAAUGAGCAUUUAUUUUAAGGUAAAAAAGAAACAGGAAUUCUGUGGUGUUCUGCUGCAGUGCCUCUUGUGGGCACUGGGGGAUUGCAGAUCUGGAAGAACCCAGAAAAAGCAGCCUUUCUCAUGCUUUGCAUUGCUUGGUGCUGCAUUUACACACUAGGAUGCCUCCCUUCUCUGUUUGGUUUCUUGGGGCCAACUUUGUGUUACCUGGUCAGGUUUGGGCUAAGCUAAGAUGCGGCAGCAGCAGACAGAAAGGUGGAUUUUCACACAUCAAUUUUACGGCUAUGUUCAGGCUGCUGUGGUUAUUUAUUUAUUUAUUUAUUUAUUUUAUUUAUUAAAUUUGUAUACCUCCCUUCAUCUGAAGAUGUCAAGGCAGUUCACAGCAUAAAAGAUCAGUCCCAUUUACCUUGAUAUUAUUCCUUCUGAGUAGACAUGCAUAACAUUGCACUGUCCAUUGCACACGCAUACUGUACACCCACUCACACACAUGAGGGCAACGUUUUAUCUCCCUGUAUGCCUCUGGGUGCCAUUGGUUGGGAAUUGCAGGUGGGAGAGUGUUGUUGUGUUUGGGUCCUGCUUGCAGGCUACCCACAGAAAUCUGUUUUGCUAGUGUGAGAACAGGAUGCUGGAAUACAUGGGUCAAUGGCUUGUCUUGCAAUUCCCAACAACUGGCAUUCAGAGGCACGAUGCUUCUGGCUGUGGAAGCAGAAAGAAAUUUACUCAAUAGACACCUCAGCUUUUUGUUUCUGAUGGGCAGGAGCAGAAUGAGUGCCUCAAAGAGCCUUCCUGAGAUCGACGAGGACCUGUACUCUCGCCAAUUGUAAGUCUUGCGACACAUUACAUAAAAGCAUUCUAGCUGAGCCGAAAAGGGAUAUCGACCAGGAUCUCCUCCACACCUCUACUGUUUUUUUGAGAAGGGAUUCAGUAGCAUACUGGGAACUUAGGUUUGUCCAAUUAAAGUGGAUUAAAACACCUCUGCCCAAGAAAUCCACUGUAACAACAAUCAGACUUUUUGCAGUUAGGAACGUGAUGGGGAAAUACACUAAAAAGUGUGGAAUAAUGAUUGCCUGAUGGGAGGGAGCAAAAUACACCACAGUCGCCACCACAACCAAAUCAGGAUGAAUUCUCAUUCACAUAUAACCUCCACAGAAAAAAUCAGAACUAAUUAUAAGCAAAGAGCAGCUGUUGUAUAACCUGCAUGCCAUCCUUGUGCAUGGAGAUCGGGAUUCAUUCUCAAUAAACAGAUUGCCGGGAGGAGGCCUGGGUGGCUGAAAAUGAUCACAGUGCUAUGACUGGGGCAAGAUGUUACAGAGUGAGCAGUGAUAUGAAUGUAUUUUGUUGGGGAAAUAUGGCAGACUAAGCUGAACUAAGGUAUGUGUGAUGGGGGCCACAUAUCCUACUUGGCAGAGAACAGUCCUCUAGUUGAUUGUGUUGCUGUUUGAAGAGCUGUCCAGGCUAAUGGUAAAGACCUGAAGUUGCCUAUCAUCAGUUAGUACUGGCUAGCAGACCAAGCAAGCACACAAGUCACCUUGGUCUAGUUAAAUUAACUUGUUUAUAGAUAAAUUACAACAAUUAUCUCUAAUUCUGCUACUAGUGCCCCAGGUUUUUUUAAUCAGAAUAGAUGAUAACAAACAAAAGUCUGAAAUAAAAUCAAUAAAAUAUCAGCAUGCAAGUGUGCAAGUUAGAACAAUCCCUUCCAGUAGUGGAUACAGUCAAUGUCAUCCCAGUCCAUCACCAGACUAACAUGGAAGAUUCUCAGUCUUCAAGAUCAGGGUCCCCCGGCUCCAGGCAUGAAGUCCCAGAGCAAUAGUUUUACAAGAACAGUCAGCCCAUGAGCCAAACAAAUCUUUGCAUUUCUGAGGGAGGAUAGCUUUGUUUCAGACUGUGAAAGGAUUCAAUCAAGCAGUGUCAAAUGGCAAAAAAUAAUAAUUGUAUGCUUCCUUACUUCUUAAUACCCACUGGUGGUGAUGUGUUAGUCAUUCAGCCACUGCUGUAUUCCAUACAUUCCAAUACCAUAAGUCCAGGUCCAAACUCUCCACUGUCUUCCAGCUUUGUACAAUGGCUAACUGCACUGCAAUACCCGGGAACAGUAGCAAAUCUUUGGAUGCAUGUGUAAAUUGUAGUUUUCAAACAUGUUCAAAAGGAACAAUGAGAAAUCUACCUGCUCAUUCAAAAUGAUUGACAUUUUUUGCAUUGCUGCAGACCAAAAAUGUACCACUGUUGAACAUUGCCACCACAUAUGCAUGUAUGUGCCCUUACUCCCAUAAUGCCUAUAGCAGUUCUCAGAUGUUCCCACAAUCAUAUGGGAAGGCUGUACUGGGGCUCUGAACCAUAGGUGUGUUUAUGGUUUUAAGAGUGUUUUCCAGAACAUGUCCCCUUCUAGUAUGCCACUGUUUAUUGGUGAUUAGGGCAGCUGGAAGAUGCCUUUUAAAGAAUCUGGGACUGGAGCAGCAAGAUUCUGCUGCUACUCCCAUCGUGCACCGCCCAAUUAUUUCUAAAAUUGAAUCUGCACAUAUAAAUUAGCAUGUGUACAUUUUAUGCAAAUCUGUGCCCUCUUGUUUGGUAACGCAUUUCCUCUUUGGGGGCCAUGUGUUAGUGACUACUACAGUGGUGCCUCGCAAGACGAAAUUAAUCCGUUCUGCGAGUCUCUUCGUCUUGCGAAGCACGGCUAUUAACGGCUUAGCGGCUAUUAACGGCCUAGCGGCUAUUAACAGCUUAGUGGCUUUAAGAAAAAGGAAACAAACUCGCAAGAACUCGCAAGAUGUUUCAUCUUGCGAAGCAAGCCCAUAGGGAAAUUUGUCUUGUGGAACGACUCAAAAAACGCAAAACCCUUUUGUCUAGCGAGUUUUUCGUCUUGCGAGGCAUUCGUCUUGCGGGGCACCACUGUAUACCUAAGAUGGGGGCAGGUACAAGUGGCUGGCAAGGGGAAAGUAUAGGUGGAGUUUAAGGGAAGCUGGUGAGGGAAUGCUACUGUCCAGGGCUUCAUAACUCACCAUAUUUCAAACACAGAGCUGUGCUUUCCCCCCUAGAUAUGUUCUGGGCUACGAGGCCAUGCAGAAGAUGGUGGGAGCAUCUGUGCUGGUCUCUGGAAUGAAGGGCCUGGGGGUGGAGAUUGCCAAGAACGUCAUCCUUGCAGGAGUGAAAUCUGUCACUGUCCAUGACCAGAGUGAGACUCAGUUGCGUGACCUUUCUUCACAGGUAUGCUGCCUAGGGUGAAAUUCUAUAUCUGCUCAAUGGUGUUCUGAGUUUACAUGUGUAGGAUUGCACAUGUUAGAGGCUUUGCCUAGCAAACAAGGAAAUGUGGCACAAAGUCCUCUUCCCUCGUUGGCACUGUUAACAUACCCUAUGGCUUUUUUUUUAAUCAUUUUUUCUAUCAUUGUUGCAUUCCUCUGGGCCAUUCCCCCCCCCACACACUUCCUUAAUAUAUAUUUGUAGCAGUGCCUCUCUGAGGCAACAUCCUAUACAUGCCAAGUCAGAAGCAAGCUCCCCAUCUUCCUAUUUAAGUGUAUAGGAUUGCAACUGUAAUUUCCAAAUUAGGACCUAGUAAAAGGAGCCCAGGAUUCUAUACCAAGGUUAUAUAUAUAGAGAGAGAGAGAGAGAGAGUAAUAGUCAAGGUAUGAAAAUAUAGACUGCAUACGUUUUCCAUUAUUUGAUAAGUUCUUGUGUAUGACGUGUUUGCUAACAAGUCUUUCCAGAACUCACACUGGGUAUCUGUGGUGACCUGGUUGAUGACUCUAGUGAUUUUGUGCCAAGCUAUUCGCAUGUAUUCUUCAAUCCUAUAUUGUUUUCAUAUAAUUUUAUUCUGAAACCCAGAACCCCGUGAGAACUCUAGGCAGAGCAUACUAUUAGUCCAAAUAAAUUAAUCAAUAUCCUGUCGUGACAAAGGCUAAAAUCUAUCACAUACAGCAAAUUUUGCUUCAUUUGCCCUUUAUGUCCCAACACUCUAUACUAAAUCAUAAGUCACCUGAACUCUUGACUGAUCCCAGUCUAUAGCCCACUGUAAUAAUAACUACAAUUAGAACCCCCCCCCACAAAAAAAAUAUUGGUAGUUUCAUGGCUUCCAGCAUAAUCUAGUCAUGAGAUUCAAACAAGGUUGCAUAAUUUGGGAAGUCUGGUGAGUCAGUUGCUGCUAUUAUUAAAAGUAGUCAGAACUGGAAAUGCUGCUACAUUAGGCUAUAAAUUUCACAACAGCUUGUUUUGAAAUUAAUUUUAAAACUCCACCUUCUGGUACCCUGGUUCUCACAAGCAACACAAGAAGCUGCCUUAUACUGACUCAGACCAUUGGCCCAUCUGGUUUGUUGUUGGCUGCACCGACUGGCAGCUGCUCUUCAGGGUUUCUGUACUGAAGUCUUUCCCAGUACUACCUGGAAACGCCGGGGUUUGAACCUGGGACCUUCUGCAUGCAAGGCAGAUCCCCUACCACUGAGCUACAGCCCUUUGCCAGUGUUCUCAAUGUCUCCUUCAGUAUAUUUGGCUUUAAAGACUGGAGCAGUAUGUUUGCAAUGUUGGUUUAAUAACAAACCUAUCCUAAGCUAAAAGUAUUGAAAUAUUGAGCCCGAACAUACUGGAAUUAAUGAUCUGAAUAAAUAGGGACAUUUUUGCAUAAUUCAUUGAAGAUAUGGGAAAAGCUAGCGGCAAUGCAGGUCCUGCCCCUUGGCCACUGGAAUCCCUGACAAGUUUCUCUCGGGACUCCUGAGAUUUCACUAAGCAUUGCUCUCACAGUUUUAACCCAAUAAAAGCUGAUAUUCUCACAAUGCUCUUUUCUGCACCCUGUUUUCUGGUGCAAUCACAUAAUGAAUUGCAACCCGCCCUAUGCUGAUGAAGAAAUAGGCACACUCCCUUUUUAAAGCAUAUAUCUGAUGAUGGAUGGAGUCUGUGAAUGGAGCUGGAAGCCAAAUUCAGAGUCUGCUCUAAGCCAACAUGGUACUAAGGGCCUAACUGCGUGUGACAUUGGUAAUGCGGUUUGUGGUGGCGUUUUUUAACAGCAACACACAAUGUGUGGGGAGGGGCAUUUUUUUCAUAGAUCACAGAAUAUGGAGAGGGGAGAUUUAAGCCUUCUCUCCAGCCAUAAUCUCUCUGAACCCCACCCACCCCCGCUUGUGUCAAUUACCAUUAGGGAAAAAAGCUCCCAUUGAUACUAAAGAGUGACUCCCCCACCCCCACGUGUACUUAAACCUGCCUUCCCUGCAUGCUGCCAUUUUCGAAACCAUCUCCCACCUGUGCUCAGGAUUGAAUAUUUUUAAAAUGUGCAACAUGAUUGCUAAUGGCAUUGCUAAUAUCCUAUGUAGCUGGGUCCUGAAUUUGGUGGUAGAGUAGUGGGUAAAAGAGUAAAAUCCAGUGCUUUUUUUUUUCUAAAAAAAAUAUAUUUAGGGGCACUCUCAUUUUGACUCAAGAAAAUCACCAUUUUAUAGUUCAAAUCGGGGGAAAAUAAAUACAGUAAAUCGACAAAAGUACAAAGAUUCACAAAAUGUUUAGGGGUAUGCGUACCCCUGCGUCCCUCCAGAAAAAAAGCACUGGUGAAAUACAUUGUCAUCCACUCAGCUCCACAAUGCAACCCUCCCCCACCAUCCUCACUUUUGGCAUUGCUGUGUCUCUGCAGUUCUAUCUGUCGGAGAAUGACGUGGGGCAAAACCGAGCUCUGGUCUCCCAGUGCCGCCUUGCAGAACUGAACGCACAUGUCCCUGUGCAUGCCUAUACCAAUGGGCUGUCUGAGAGCUUCUUGUCUACUUUCCAGGUAAGGACAGAGCUGUGUGUCUCAUGUCAUGGGAGUGACUCUAAGUGAUGAUAAAAAAUCAAACUGGUCACAUCCACACCAUCCAUUUAAAGUGCAUUUUUCCCACCUCUAAAGCACAUGACUUCCCCCAAAGACUCUUGGGAACGGUAGUUGGUGAAGGGUGCUUGAGGGGAAGCCACAGUUCCCAGAAUUCUUGGGGGGGGGAACCAUGGGGCGCUGUGGAUGUGACCACUGUUUCCAGUGCUUCAGCAGGCUCUGACCUACAUCAGUGAGAGACCUUUUGCUCUUAACCCAAUGAAAGCAACAAGCCUGUUGCCCAUGCCCAGCUGUUUCUCAUAGUGGUAAUUUAUGGCCUAGUUCUCCUCAAGUGCCACUAACUGUUUUGUUCUGAGGCUGCACCUGAAGCUCAAAGUGGGGAUCAGCUCUCAUGUCUGUGGUUGGUUGGGAUAGCUGCAGUGCCUGUCAUUCGAUGGUGCAGGUGAUGAUCCAGCGAGUGAGAGGUCAGGAACAAGCAGGGACAGAAAGACCACUGCUUGUUUCACAGCAGGGUUAUCUCAUGGGGCCAAUUAUCUACGUAAGCUGUGCUCAGAAAUAACCAACCAAAAUGUCAUAAACUGAGCAAGCUUUUGAGUCCACCAGAGAUCUUCAUCAGAUUGGUUGUUGAAGCAAAACAGAUGGGAGAGAUGGGGUGGGGGGAAAGCUGGCUCAGUACUGAUGUUGAGAAAUUCUGCUUGGAGACAGGGAAGCCUAGCCACAGGUGGUGAUUGGCUAAGUUCUCCCUUAUAAGCAGUAUGACAAAGCAGUUUGUUGUUGGAGUGUUGAGUUUGGAAUAGGAGUUGAAUCUUGUCUGUGUAUAUAUAGUAACUUGUACAAAGCUGUGCUUUAUUCUGCUGUAUAUAAUAAAACUAAACAAAAAUCAAGUUACUAGUCAGCAAGCUCUGUUCCUGUUCAUCGUUCUGGAAUUCACUAAUUUGGCAGCUGGUAGCAAGAGUUAUGGUUAAGAUCCAUCAACAAUUGAAGCCAUAAUAUCUGCACUGAUGAAAAAUCACUUUUAUUGUAUAGUCUCGGAAGAGGCAUAACUAUGGAAGUUGUUGCAAAGGGCCCACACUCCAGGAUUUACCACUACGUGACCCGCUGUCAUUGAUGGGGAACAGAGAAUCUGUUUGGAAAGUGCUCUCUUUUGUGCUGUUUCUUAGCCCCUUAGGUUAUGCAGAUUACUAUUCUGAUACUAUUCUGCACCAAACUUUACAGGUUGUGGUCCUGAGUAACUCACCCUUGGAGGAGCAGCUGCGAAUCAGUGACUUCUGCCACACCAAGAACAUUUGCUUUGUCCUAGUUGACACCAAGGGCCUGGCUGGGUAGGUGUUGGGGGCUUCUGUCCUUGUCCCGAGGCUGGGCUGUUGGAGUGGUGCAGUGAUUCUGGGUGGAAUAAGAGGUGGACUAAGAAUUCGUAUAAGCUGCCAGCAUUCUGGCUGGACACCUCAGGGUAGGGAUGGGGGAGAGAUUUGAUUCAAUUUGCAUUUAAGGGUGAACUCAAUUGAGUUUGUUCCCAAGCACAGCCGUCCUUCAAAUUGGCACGUCUUUGAAUUUUGCCGUGAAGUUUUCCAGCCAAGCACUGAGUACAAAAAUGCAUAUACCGGUGGUGACCAUUUUAGGCAUGUCCAAUUAACGUGUGAUCACCUACACAUGGGUCCUUUUGGACCCAGAAGAAGGCAGAACGGGGGGCAGGGGGGAGCUUAUAUGUACUCCCCCCAACACGGAUAGGGGCCUGGAAUUGAACCUGCGCACAAAAUGGUCAUCAACUGUCCUAGGGUAAAUUGUGCAUAUGUUAGCUGAAAUGACAAAAAAGGCAUUGUAUUAUAAGAAAUUGUUUCGUAAAAAAGUGUGCAUUGUUGCACACUGCCCCAAUCCCCAAGCGCUGUGUGAUUCCAGGGGUUCCCGUGCUUACCCAGGGUUCAGUUUCCUUGGAAUGAGGGACAGCAGAGACAGUGGUGUCUUUAUGAGAUAUGGUUUAUUUACACAUACUGUAUUAGCCGGACUGUAAACCACACACACAAAUAAGCCUCAUCUUUAAAAUUCAAGGCUUCUUUGCGGGUGCAGUCUGCCUCCCGGUACUACUGCGCUAAGCUGGGGACAGGGGCGGCUGGCGCUCGGCGCCCCAUUCUCCAAGCCAGUGUCAGUGCUUGCCCACUCCCCAAGCCACUGUUGACGCUUGGCUCUGAGCGCGCUGCACGCCCACGUCAAUACGGUUUAUACAUCCUGAGCCUAUGAUGGAGGGACUCACAGCAUUAGCACCCCAAUAUGGUCUUGCUUCUCCCAUUACUAUAGCCUUACAUUCCAUCAGAAAUCAAGCCUGGCUCUCACUCCGUUUCUAGUCCAGCUCAUUUUCCCCUGGCUAGUUCAACGAUGGAAUCCUCCACUAGAUUUUAACCCUUUGCUGGAUCUAGGACCCCAGGAAUUAGAAGGGACUCAGGUACCAUGCAGACUAACCCCCCUCCAAACUCUCAACUGUAUAUUAGAAUUUGCACUGAUAUUCCAAUUAAUUUUCGUGUGGGCUUUCAAAAAAAUAUUUGCAAACGGAGGUGGAAACAUGGAGAACUGAACUUAAAACUGGGAAAUGGAGCGAAAGUGAAAUUGACGCCUUCAUCCUUCCGUAAUGCAGGAUGAAGGUUCUCUGAACAGGUAGGCCCCAUGGGUGGAAGUGAAGGGGCUUUCUCAGGGUGGAGCAGUGACUGAGUGUAGGGAGGAAAAUGAAGUAGAAGUCUGACUUCUUGAGCUUUGGUCUUUUGGCUCCAGGCAACUUUUCUGUGAUUUUGGAGAACACUUCAUUGUGCGCAGUCCUUCAGAGGCUGAACCUGCCUCUGCUGCCAUUCACCACAUCACCCAGGUAAUGUCUCUUCUCCCAGAUAACAUCUGUCUCCUGCACUUUAUUGCCCUGCUUGUGUUACCCUUUCUGAGCUCAUGUCCUUCACACCCUGGAUUGAACAUGGCUCCUUCCAAAGGAGCCCCCAAGAUGUCUUUCCAAGCUUGGAUAAUAAUAAUAACAAUUAUUAUUUAUUAUUUAUAUCCCACCCAUCUGGCUGGGUUUCCCCAGCCACUCUGGGUGGCUCCCAACAGAAUAUUAAAAACUAUAAAACAUCAAACAUUAAAAACUUCCCUAAACAGAUGGCGUAACCAUCUAAUCAGAUGCAGGCAAUCCUUUGCUCUCUCAGCCAGAGUCUCCUGUUUUUAUUGCUGUGUUGUUUUAUUGUGAUUGUUUUAUUGCAUAUUUUAAUUAUGGACAAUUAUAUUUUAAUGUGUUAAUGUGAUUGAUUUAUUUCAUAUUUUAAUUAUGAGUAUUUAUAUUUUAAUGUAACUGGUUUUUUUCUACUUUGUAAACUGCCUAGCAGCUUGCUUUGGUAUUAAGUGAUGUAUUUAACCAUAGUAGAAGCAAUAAUAAUAAUAAUAAUAAUAAUAUACUCUUCCCCCAGAGUAACCCUGGCAUAGUGACUGUGGCGUGUGACAAUGAGGAGAGACAAGGCCACCACUUUGAGGAUGGUGACUGGGUGAAAUUCUCCGGGGUUGAGGGGAUGACAGAACUCAACACCUCCGAGCCCUGCCUCAUUCGUCUGAAAGGUAACAGGCCCUCUGUUUCUUCCUUCUCCUCAUGUCUCUGGGUACAGUGCCUACCUGCACACAGAAAGUGUCCAGAGGAGAAUAGGGGGACAGAUGUGGAUCAGGAAGAUGGACAGGCAAAGAUUAUGAGAGUGGAGUUUGACAGAAGGCUGGGGUGGCACUGUGUUGUGGGGAAAGAGGCAUCAUGUCUCUCCUAUUAGGAACCUUGUGGGACUUAGGACAAGAGACCUCCAGAAGAAAUGCAGGUGUCUACCUUGCAGAGAAUGGGUUUAUAUCGUUUUAUUUGACUUCAGUCCCAUUGAACAACUAAGAGAACAGACCUAAUGUUUGUGAUCUGUGUCUGUUUAGGAACCUGCAGCUUGGAAGUUGGAGAUACGUCUUCUUUUUCUCCAUACAAAUGCGGUGGGGUCAUCACCCAAGUCAAGAUACCUCAAAAACACUCCUAUGUAUGUUCUCGUCUCUGGUGGUGGUGAAAAAAUGUGGUUAUUCUUUUCCAGCUAGUUCAUAGGGGGCCAAGAUGGGCAGAGCCUUUGGUGACCUUAUUGGCAGGGCUGAGCAUUUUAGCCGGAGGACUCAAACAGGACUACUUCACCAGGGAAGAGACCUCAAAACUGCUGUUCUAGAGCCUGGGUGCAGAACGCCAGUCCAAGCAGCUAGGGAGAGGAUGGAGCUCUGUGCUCUGCAUGUCAAAGAUCCCAGGUCUAGUACAUAACAUCUGCAGAUACAGCUGGGAAAGGCUCCUGUUUGAAACCCUGGAGAGCCACUGCCAGUCAGUACAGACAGUAUUGAGCUAGAUGGGCCAGUGGUCUGACAUGGUCGGUAUAGCUCCUAUGUUCAGCUAUGGUGAGGAGAGGCAUUUCUUGAAGUGUGUUGCCUUAAGGCAGGCAUGGGGAAAUGCAACCCAAGGGUCACAUUACCUCCUGGGCAACUUUCUGAGGCCCCCAUGUCAGUGGUGGGUGGGUUGAGACUCAAAAAGUGGGUAGGGAAAUGGAUUGUGUGGCGUUUUCUUUGUACAGUAGGGUACACCCAGGCCACACAAAGGUCUCCACACCCAAGGAGGACGCAGAGCAGGGCACAUGAAGAGCAUAGCCUGAGGAGAGUACGGGGAGGUGACUUGGAGAGGAGGCCUAGCCUGAGAGAGUCCUGAGGGAUGGACAGUGAUGUCUAAGGAGCUAUACUCAGCUCCUGGGCCUGAGGUUCUCUACCUCCUACCUCAAAGAGAAGGAUGUGCAUUAGGUAGUUCUACUCCUGUCCACUAACCUCUCUGUAUUCCCAGGAAUCCCUGCGUACCUCCAGGGCUAAUCCUAAAAUCAGGAUCCCGGAUAAGGGGAAACUACCUCGCUGUCACUCCCUCCAUGCGGCCUUCUGGGCACUGCAUGUCUUCCAGAGGGAGAUGAAGCGGCUGCCUAGGCCCAGGAAUCAGGCAAGUCUCCCCAGUUGCCUUCAUUCUUCUUAGCAAUCCCAACCGGCCUCCCAGGCUUCCUCAUGUUUCCAACCCUGAGCAGGAUAUUGUCUCCUUCUGCAGAGAACGUCGUUACUUUUCCUGCAAGUAGCUCAUUGUAAGCUUCCUCAGAUAGACUCUUUCCCCAGCCCCAGCCUCAUCCGUCUUUACUCCUCAACAGGCAGAUGCAGACAUGAUGGUGAAACUGGCACAGACCGUCUCUGUGAGCAAGGAGGAGGAACUGCAAGAGGACUUGGUGCGGACAUUUUCCUACGGAUGUUCUGGUGACCUGAGCCCUAUCAAUGCCUUCAUUGGAGGCCUGGCUGCCCAAGAGGUGCUGAAGGUGAGGGGCAGACUCCUGUGAGGAAGGCAGGCAGCUUUUUGAGCUGUUUGGAAGACACUUUCCAUGAGGCAUCUGCGUCUCAAGUGUGGAACAAGGGUUUGAAUCCCUACUCAGCCAUGAAGCGCACUGAGUGACCUUUGGACAGCCACUGCCUCUCAGUGUAAUCUAUCUCACAAGUUGUGACAUAGUUGUGGGGAUAAAAUGGGGGAAAGUGUGUAUGCCACCUUGAGCUCCUUGGAGGAAAGGCGGGAUAUAAAUGUUAAUAAUAAUAAUAAUAAUAAUAAUAAUAAUAAUAAUGUGGUAGCUAAGAGAAUGAGGGAGGCCCCAGUCUGAGGCUGUGUUCACACUUCCAUAUAGUAUACACUCACUGUGUUUCCGGUGCCUGGUUUUUAAUCUGCUUCCACACCAACUUCACACUUGCUGGUGCUCUUUAGUCAUUCCUAAUCCAUGUCUAGCCAGGGUGUGAACACCUUUGCAUAGGGUAAAGACAUCCCUGCCCGUCCACGCCCCCUGGUGUGUACAAACAGAAAUGAAUUUUCACACAAUGAAGCUGUGAUGGCGUGAGCAGCCAAGGGGGGGGGGGGGAGGUAUGAAAUGCUCCUGAGGGGAGAAACCAAGAACUUCAUUGCCGUCUAAGGCGUUUUUGUGAACACACUUUCGAGUCUCACCUGUGCCAUGAACUCAUUUGGUGGCCACAGGCAAAUCACUACCACCCAGCCUGUUUUCCAAUAUGCGCAAACUUCUGCAGUAAUAAUACUGAUUUACCUCACAGGGUUGUUGUAGGAAUUUCCAUUAGAUAACACAUGUGAAAUUCUUUGAAUGCAUCACAGCACAAAUGCUAAUGAUUAUUAUUUUUCUGUUAUUUAUUUAAUAUAUGCACACACACACCCCACUUCAUAAAAGAAUCCUUUUCAGAAGUUUACAUAAAGUGUUCAUAAGGAAAUACCAAUAAAAGGAAGAUUAAAAAAUAUAUAUAUUAUAUGUGUGUGUGUAAAGGUAAAGGGACCCCUGACCACUAGGUCCAGUCGUGGCCGACUCUGGGGUUGCAGCGCUCAUCUCGCUUUAUUGGCCGAGGGAGCCAGCCUACAGCUUCCGGGUCAUGUGGCCAGCAUGACUAAGCCGCUUCUGGCGAACCAGAGCAGCUCACGGAAACACCGUUUACCUUCCCACUGGAGCAGUACCUAUUUAUCUACUUGCACUUUGACGUGCUUUUGAACUGCUAGGUUGGCAGGAGCAGGGACUGAGCAAUGGGAGCUCACCCCGUCACCGGGAUUCGAGCCGCCGGCCUUCUGAUCGGCAAGCCCUAGGCUCUGUGGUUUAACCCACAGCGCCCCCCACGUCCCAUAUAUAUAUAGAGAGUGAGAGAGGUAUUACGUUUAAGUAAGAAGCAAGGAGCAUCCUGAAGCUACCCAAAGGACAGGCUUCCCAUCAGGUAUGAGUGAAGCACCUGAACAUUUCCUGAUUGAGCCCAGAAGUGGCAGGUGCUUGAGUUUCAUGCUCAGAAAGGCACUUGCCCUGUCCCCUGUGACCCAUUUGCUUCUGUGUCACUGCUGAGUUCAGGUUGCUGCCUGCCCUCUUUUGUAAACCAAUCUAGCUGGUUUUCUUCUGGAUUUGCCAGUUUAGGAUUAUCAACUCACAGGCCCAGCUAGGCAGUUUUAAAUGAGUGCAGGUAUGAGGCAGCUGACAUGCAGUUUUGCAACAGCUACUACUUUGGAUCAUCUUAAACAAAGGAAAGAAAACUGUUUCGUUUCAGUGUUAACUUGGGAAUCGUCAGACGGGGCACACCUGUCCCUUUAUAGGUUAUUAGAAGUGCCAGGUGGUGACUGUCCAAAUGCCUUAUGCUCAGGGCUGAUUCCAUGUUUCAGGGGAUUCUCUGCAAAGUGUCUCCUGAUGGGCCCACUCCUCUCUCAGAGGGCCCUGGGGGGCUCAUUGGAUUGCAGUGACAGUUCUCUAAGCCAGCAGUGGGCAGCUUUGCUUCCCCACAAUGCUCCAGAGCAAUGCCAGGUCAGAGGAAAUUAUGGGGAAUUAGGGGAAAAGGAAAGGUUGGCGAGAUCCAAUCUGCAUGGGAACCUACCUAUACCAUUACCUACUUGUCUUUCAUCUCUCAUGCAUAGGUAGUUUUUGCUAUAACUUCAGUUUAGGGGGUAAAUCAGAGAAAGGAUAUGCAGUGGAUUAUAAUUCAGAGACCUUAUUUUUGUUCACUUGUGAAUGUAGUGUUUUGCUGCUGCUGCUGCUGCUGCUGCUGUUGUUGUGUGUGUGUGUGUGUUUUACAGUGUCCACCAAAUGCCAUCUUAAGCUUUGAGGAUUUUUGAAGGUUAGGUUUCUAUCAGCUAGUUCCCUUAUCUCUGUUCAGUCAGCUGUCGGUGACUGACCUGGAAAGAGAUCUUGAGGUCUUGGUGAAAUUGAUGAAGAUGUUGACCUAGUGAGCAGCAACUGCUGUGAAGAAAGUGAAUUCCAUCUUGGGAACAGUUAGGAAAGAGAAUUUGAAAAUAAAACUGCCCAUAUCCUGAUGUCAUCACUUGGAAUGCCAUGUAUAGUUUCUGGCCACCUCAUCUCUAAAAUUAUAUUGGAGAGCUGGCAGAGGUGUAGCAAAAAAGGCAAUCAAAAUGUUCAUUGGGCUAUGAAGAAUGGCUAUGAAUACUUGGGGCUUUUUAGUUUAGGAAUAAGUAGGGGCAUGAUAGAAGUAUACAGUGGUACCUUGGGUUACAUACGCUUCAGGUUACAUACGCUUCUGUUUACAGGCUCCACUAACCCAGAAAUAUUACCUCAGCUUAAGAACUUUGCUUCAGGAUGAGAAGAGAAAUCGUGCUCCAGCGGCACGGCAGCAGCAAGAGGCCCCAUUAGCUAAAGUGGUGCUUCAGGUUAAGAACAGUUUCAGGUUAAGAAUGGACCUCCAGAAUGAAUUAAGUACUUAACCUGAGGUACCACUGUAUAAUAUUAUGUUUGGUGUGAGGAAAGCGGAUAGAAACCUCGAGAUUUAGGCUGCAAUCCUUACACAAUCACCAGGGAGUCAGUCCCAUUGACCAUGAUGGGACUUACUCCUGAGUAGAUGUGCACGGUCAGUAGAGUAGAUGGGUUGUACGGUCAGUGAUUUUUGGCAGCCACAACCUUAAUAACUACUUCAUUACUGGCUCAUUUCCAUAUCUGUGGCACCGAGCUUCCUCAUCUUGGCACCUUCUCCCCAUCCCUUCUGCUUUCUCAGGAGCAGAUCCAAUUAAAUGUGAUUAAAGGGCACGUUGACAGCUGGGAAAUCCCUGGGUCGAAUAUUACACCUGCUUUCUCAGCUCACUGGUGGCUUUAGGCAAACCACGAGAUUGCAAGCUCCAUCUGCAGCUGUGAGGAGAUGGUAGUACUUUGGACCAGGGAUUUGGGACCUGUAAAAGUCUGGAUGUUGCUAAACCCCAGCUCCCAUCGUUCCUGACCAUUGACCAUGCUGGCUGGGGACUGGAGCCCAACAUCUGGAAGGCCACACAGGCCUUCCAUGUGUGCCUUACAUGGUUUUUGUAGACAUUAGCGAGUGAGGCCAAACUCAGUGUGGUGUUUAUCAUAUAGUUUUCCCUUGAGUUUGCCUUUUCUUUCACAAAUUACCAGUGCAGAGCACCUAAUCAGGAUUGGGACACUGGCAUGUGGUGGGAGUGGUUGGGAGGGAGUGGGUUUUAAUAAUUUCCCGCUCCUCACACUGUAGUCGCAUUCUGGAUUGUGCGCCUGCAACUUGCAUUGGGAGAGAAAUUCUUUCAUUUGAGUGCUUUGAACGUUCUUACCACACUUAUAGAAAAGCAAAGUUUAUUGGUUGCCAAAUAUCUUGGGGUCUGGGCCAAAUUUGUGACUGACUUCUGAAGAUCUUGAAGCACAGGUUGGGCAAGAUAUUAGCAUGCUGUUUUCCAGAGUGGAAUAUCUGAUUCUCUUGAGGUGUUAAAUGACAAGACAAGCUGAAGGGUAUAUGGGUUGCCAGGAAGGGUGGCCAUGUGACCUACUUUGCAGGGAACAGGCCUCUGUCUGAAGGUGUCCUCUGUUUGAAAAACUGUCCAGCCCAUGUCUGGUUUCAAGAUACAGAGAACUGUAAGAAGGGAGAGCAGGAGAGGCCUUGUUUGCCAUCAGCAGUGAGCAGCAGGCUGAGCGGGCACAAAGGAUUACCUGGUCAUAUUCUUCCCUACCAUGGUGAGAUGUAAUGCUUGCUAUUCACAGCAACAUACUGCCCCUGACACAUAGCAGUUGUGGCUAGUAGCCACUGAUAGCCUUUCCCUCCAUGAAUUUAUCUAAUCCUCCUUUAAAGUCAUCUAAACUGGUGGCCACAAUUGCUUCUAGUGGGAGCGAGUUCCAUACUUUCAACUAUGUUCUGCACAUGUGUGUUUUGUAUUGAAUGGAUCCAAAAUAGAAUGGGGGUGGGGAGAAGAAAUGCCUCGGAUAUAAAUUGGAGCAAUACCUGUUUUUAGAAUUUCCGUUGUAGUUUUCAUACAUGCUUUUCAGCUGCAGGCAAAUUUGUUGUCUUUGCUGCAGAGAUAGGUCAUUCUGUCAGCUCCCAGCACGACUGGGAGCCCAACAGGGCUGCUGCCAACAUGACUAGAGUGGUGUAGAAUGACGAGAGUUACCAUCUCUUCACCACAGCAGUGCUCUUGUGCCUUAAACAGUGGUGCAAAACAUAGAAAACAGAAAUGUGCAGCUUUUCCUGACACGUAGAUGAGAUCAUGAGAAGCAUUACCUGUUGAAUUUUGGCCUGACGUGCAGCCCCCUCCCGAGGAGGAAAGCAGGAAAAUUUGAACAGUAUGUUCCAUGAGUUUUCUGUGUUCAUUAAGAGAGGCUGUUCCCUCUUCUCAGACCCAAACCUGCAGUUAUAGGAAGGGCUGAGCAGUUUCCUCCUUUUUUUCUCUGUCUGCAGGCUGCCUCAGGGAAGUUCACUCCUUUGGACCAGUGGCUGUACUUCGAUGCUUAUGAAUGUCUGCCUGAAGAGGAAAAUAUUGUGCAGCUGACUGAGGAAGACUGUGCUCCAGUAUGUGACAAAUUCUGCAGUUUGUACUUUUCCGUUAGAGAUAGGAUGGAAUCACAGCUCUUUUUCUGCCUCUUCCAAGGCAUUCCAGACUUUUCCACAAAGGAGUUUACUGUGUGUUUAGAGCUGUUUUUGUUCCUAUUUAAUUUGUGUAGUCCGCAUGAUGUUACCCUCAAACAGCACCAAUCUCAAUGCUUUCCCCUACAAAUUCAAGUUUUUUUGAUUUGGAGAUAAUCUGAUUAAACUGAGGAAAAUUGUGUUCCAGACCUCUCCAAUCAGGGUUGCAGAUUGUUCACUUUGGUGUUUGUGGACGAAUGGAUCAGUUCUCUUUGCUGCUCCUCUUUCAAAACCCACUAACUCCUCCAUGCUUUCAUUUCUUUUCUGGCUGUGCUAUUUCCAGGGUGCUUCUGAACAGUGGUAUUUCCUGCCCUUUUGAGCCCUCAGAUUUACACAAAAGCAGAAAACGGCAGAAGUGUGUACUGAGAAUUUAUGUUUGCCUGACAGGGUGCUUUUGCACAUUUCUUGGGUGGGGAAGGUGUGUGUGCAGCUACCUGUGUGUAUGCCUUGUAUUGCUUGAUUGGCAUAAUUGAAUCAACAAAUUAGAAGGCAGCAAUAAAUAGAAAAGGGAAUGACUGGAAAAGGCAGAAGUUUCUCCUCAUAUCCAAAUUCAAAUAAAUAUGUGGACAUGUGGGGGUACUCUGAUCCAGUUCAAGUGUGUAAAAAGUAGAUUAAUAGCUCAGUAAUGCUCAAACGUGGACAAACCUUCUGGCAGUGCAUCUACAUGCCCUUUCUCAUGCUGAUCUCUCUUUACUGGAGCUGGCUAGGGCUGAUGGGAAGCUGCAGGCUCUACAUUCCUGACAUAUAGGCCGCCCUCUCUCCUACUUGAUUCAACACCCACGCAGUGCCCAAAUUCUAAAUCUGUUAGAAUGGGUAUAGGGCCAUCCUACAGGGAUUGUGUUGCUCUCCAUCUGUCACCUGCUGGGUCUCUAAUGUCUGUCAUCUCUCCCUUUUGACAGCGUGGCAGCCGCUAUGAUGGGCAGAUUGCUGUCUUUGGGAAUACCUUCCAGGAAUGGCUUGGGAAGCUGAAAUACUUUGUGGUGAGUUGGGGCAGGCUGGGUGAAGCCAGGUUCUUCCCACACAAAGCAUCAUGAAUGUAUGUAACUCUCCGCCACAAGGUCUCUCAGCCUAACCUACGUCCCAGGGAUGUUGCAAGGGUUAAAUUGGUGAGGAAAGACAUGUGCCACCUUGAUAAAAUUGGAGGAAAGGUGAGGUGUAAACAUAAUAAAGUUUUGACAUAUGUAGUUCUUCCUAAUGACCCUGACAUUUAAGAUUGCAUUUGGAUUACGUAUUUUGGACUAGGGUUUAAUACUGAAAACACAUUGUUGAAUAUUGCAAAUGGGUUGUUGGCAACAGAGGGUUUUUUUAGUGUAUCAGAUUUUCUAUAGAAAGGGUAAAUCUGAAUUAAAUGGAGGAGGAGGUGGUAGGGAAAUAUAGGCUGGCCUUUUGAUGUCAACAACAUUGUGUGGAUACUGCCAAAUACUUGCCCACAUGAGGGGCACUGGUCUCACCUGAAAGCCACCCACCUUAAUCCAGCCACUGAUGAGAGUUGGUUGACUUUUUCACUUAACUGUAGUGCUUAUUUUUCCAGUGUUUUCCAGUAGAGGGAGUGUUGACUCCUUUAGUUUGAGCGAUGACACUAGCUAGAAGAACAAUUUUUGUAUGAUGAGUAGCUGACCUAGAUUUGUUCUGCAGCUGUUACUGAAGUUUCUUUGUAAACAUAACAUUUGCUAGCAUAACAGCCAAUGCAGGGAUUUUGUCCCAGUUAGCAGAGUCAAUUGUUAAAGGUGGACUCCCAGUUGUUGGUUGUUGUUUAUUAUACCAUUGGAUUAUAGUGCAAACAAUUAUAGCAACGGUCACUAAGAGCUGUAUUCCGAGAGGCCACUUUCUGUAGACCUGAAUGUCUAGGAAAAAGUGGGCAACUCUGCCAUGCAUCCCUGAGAAUCUUGACCCAGGAAAGGAAAGGAAAGCAAGAUGGUGGACAUGGGUUCAAACUUGUGUGGCUCGAAGGGAAUAUUUAAAAAGAGGCAGGUAGGAUCUGAAGAAAGCUCCUGUGUUUUUAGGAGGUGGAACGUCUCCAGCCCACAUGCCUCUUUCUAGCUCAACUCAAACAUCAGAAUAAGAAUGAAGAAUGCACAUUCUCUCUGUAUAUAUAAAAUACUCCACUUUGCGUAACCAUUCUUGAUUUGCUUAUUACGCUUUCACCAUAGAAUUGGAGUCUUCUGGGUGCAGAAUCCAGAAAUUAUGGUGCAGAUAAAAACACCCUUCAAUAUAUGUAAUUACAGUGGUACCUCGGGUUAAGAACUUAAUUCGUUCUGGAGAUCUGUUCUUAAUCUGAAACUGUUCUUAACCUGAGGUACCACUUUAGCUAAUGGAGCCUCCCACUGCUGCUGGAGCACAAUUUCUGUUCUCAUCCUGAAGCAAAGUUCUUAACCCGAGGUACUAUUUCUGGGUUAGCGGGGUCUGUAACCUGAAGCAUCUGUAGCCUGAAGCGUCUGUAACCCGAGGUACCACUGUAGUGCAUAAACUCUGACUAGAUAAAAAUUCUCAGUAUUCUUUCUUACCCAAAAUUCUUAGAAAACCAUCCCUAAAGUUUCAUAAUAUGUUUGCUGUUAGGCCAUGUAUGAUUUACACUCAUAGAAUGCAUUUCUGUAUUCUGAUUGAUUUAUUGCUACCUCUGGUGAAAGGUGGAAUUUGGUCCUCCUGCCCUGCCAAAGUCAUCUGUGCAUCCCAUGUAUAUCUUUUUGUAAACUGCUUUGAGGUUUUUUACAAUCAAGUGGGGUAUAAAUUUUGUGAGAUAGAUAGAUAGAGAUAGAUAAAUAGAACCAUUGUAGCAUGCAGUUAACUUUUAUAAAGGUAAGAGCAUGGUGAGGUCACCAGUAAAUAUCAGGCAGUGUGCCGCUGAGUCAUGUUCUGGUAAUCCUGCACUUCACAACAGUUUCAAAAAGAGCUGGUAGAUAGUUGAUUUAUAAGAUAAAAGAGGGUUGGGUUGAUGUUACAUCCUUGUUUUACUCCUUUUUCUUGUUUGAAGGCCUUGUAUUGUUCUCUCUGUGUUACAAACAUUGGAAGAAUUGGCACAUGGAUCUAAUGAGAUUGUGGGUUUUCUUUCUAGUUCUUGUUUUGUAGCAAAAUUAAGACUUGGUACAGAAUGCCAGAUGGAGUCAAAAUGUAUUUUGAAGUCAAAUAUUUUCCCUUGCCUUGACAUGUUUUGGCUAACGAACAUCUGUUGUAGAAAUUGUGGCCAGAGGUUCACUUAGACUCAUAGAAUCACAGACCUGUAGAGUUGGAAAGGACCCUGAGGGAGAUUGUUCAGUUUGUCAUUUCUUAUAAAGUGAGCAUCCAUGCUUUGGAACUGCGUUAGUAAACUGUUUCAGAUUCUACAACAGUUCUCGGGUGCUGUUGCAAAUGCCUAUUCCAGCCUCUGUAAUUAUAAUGCAUUCUCUGAGAGAAGUGCAAAUGUUCCAUCUGUUUUCAGGCCUCAUUGAACAUAAGGUUUCCUUCGAUGUGACAAAUACACAGUCAUAUAGAAAACUUUUUGUCAGAACUGAAAACCAACAAGGAAUUCCUUUGGGGAAAGGCUAUUGGAAUUUCAUGUCUAGCCUUUCCCUAAAAAUAAUAAUAAUAAUAAAAAUAAUAAUGUGUGUAUUUUGAAGUUGUGCAUAACUUAGGGGGCUUCCAGACUAAUUUGGGGUGGGAUUGAAUCACAUAUCAGCAAAUUCAGGUUGAUGCAAUGAGAGUUGAUUGGGAGGGCUUGCAUAACAAACCCACUUCCCCAAAAGAUCUGAAUUUGGAAACCAAUGGGGGAAUGCCCUGGGAAUAAUGCUUAACACCUAACCUCCCUAUAAACAAAUCAGAGUGAAUGUUUGUUAAAUUGCCAAUGUCAGCCAAUCCCCUGGCCAACAAACCAAGAUGAAUGCUCAAUAAACAGGUAAAUAAAUGGGUCAUCAGGGAGUGCCCUGAUUCCUAUGUGUUUUUGCUGCAUGGCAACCAGCCCAACAGCACCCAUCUGGAGCAAAACGUUAUACAGUGGUACCUCGGGUUACAUACGCUUCAGGUUACAUACGCUUCAGGUUACAGACUCCGCUAACCCAGAAGUAGUGCUUCAGGUUAAGAACUUUGCUUCAGAAUGAGAACAGAAAUCGUGCUCCGGCGGCACAGCAGCAGUAGGAGGCCCCAUUAGCUAAAGUGGUGCUUCAGGUUAAGAACAGUUUCAGGUUAAGAAUGGACCUCCGGAACGAAUUAAGUACUUAACCCGAGGUACCACUGUAUCUGAACCAGCCACAUGUAACUUGGAGAGGUAUCUCCUUGUGUCCCCUUGCCCCAGUCACUUGAGUCACUGAGGUCAUCUUGGCUCAGAGUGCCAUGGGCCUUCAACCAAUCUUAUUACAAUUUCCUCAGGUGGGAGCUGGUGCCAUUGGCUGUGAGCUCCUGAAGAAUUUUGCCAUGAUUGGCUUGUCUGCUAGCGAGGGUGGGAGCAUCACUGUGACGGACAUGGAUACCAUUGAAUAUUCCAACCUCAACAGGCAGUUCCUCUUUCGACCAGGGGAUGUGUCAGUAAGUCUUGCAGUGAAUAUGGUGGAAAAGAGGUUUGAGUGAGGCGGUGCUGGGGACAGUUUGCCCAAGGAAUAAAUCUCAACAGACACGAGAAUAUUCACAAACCUAUUUGUAAUGUUACAGGGGAGAGGGUGGGUUCUGACUUGACUCUCUAACAAGUGCCCUGGCCAAUGAACCCAGGCAAUAACCAACUUCUUUCUACCCUGGAUCUCUCUAGUAAUAUUCCCUUUGUUCCUGUAGAAGCAGAAGUCAGAAGUGGCAGCAGCUGCCGUAAAACUCAUGAACCGCCACAUCAAUGUAUCAGCACAGCAGAACCAGGUUGGACCAGACACAGAGCACUUCUAUGGGGAUGACUUCUUCCUUGGCUUGGAUGGCGUUGCCAGUGCCCUGGACAGUCUGCAAGCCAGUGAGUGUUUCAUACAGAAUGCCUGUGUUGUAGCCACCAGCUCCCUGUAAUAAGCAUUCCAUGCUCAGAAUGAAUUACGUUACGCAGGCUUCUUUGAAAGUGCUUAUUUUAUAUGAUUAAUCACCUACUUAGCAUUUUCCUAACUACUUUCAAGUACUGAAAGCACCACACAGACAUUAUGUUUGCUUACAACAGCCCUGCAAAGUAGGCCAGUUUUUGUAAAUAAUAAUAAUAAUAAUAAUAAUAAUAAUAAUAAUAAUAAUGUGUUAGUAAUUUUUUAUUAUCCCCAUAUUGGAAAUGGAAGGCUGAGGCAGACUAGCUUAAGGUCAUGCAGUGAGCUCAGAUGACAUUUAAAUCAGAAACCUUGAUUCACAGUGCAAUCAUUUGUGCAUUUACUCGGAGGUAAGCCCCUUGAAUUGCCUAGUAAGUGGGUAUAGGGUUGUAGCCAUAGCCUCUGUUCCACACUGUGAUUUCCUUGUGGGUGGGGGAACGGGGAAAUAAUGUAUACAAAUUCUAGUACUGUUGUUUCUCACAGGAUGUUGACAGUUUUUGCAGGCUGGCCUAGAGUGUAGCGCAGAAGGGAUGGCGGGAAGCUGCAGGCAAAGGCAGUAUGUGUGCAGGGCAGGCAUACAUAAGCUGGAGGUCAUCAUGAUAAAGGCAAGGACAGGGAGUUGUAUAGGUGGACACAGAAGACUCUCAACUUUUUGUCUCCUGGUCACUUUGCUCAUGGACACGUCAGCUAAUGAAUCAUUAACAUAACCUGCUGCACACAUUUUUCAAGCUUUAUCCUAUGAACUGGCAGACAGAAAACAAGCAUUUUUUAAAAAAAAGAGGAACAGAUGUUGAGAGAUUGACACCCGUGAGCGUUGGGGGCUGCCCUCUAACUGGAUCCAGACUAGAUGGACCUGCUGCUGCUGUGGGCCAGCCACCUGGUGCUUCUUACACAGAAAGUUGAUCCAUUGCUGGGGGAAGAGAUCCCAUGUUCCUUUGUGGUUGACUGCAUUGUGUAUCUUGCUGAUAGAUAUUAAAGGGGAGGUGAACCUAGGGAGCUAGAGUCAGGCUGUUGGCCCACCCAGAUCAGCAUUGCCUCUCUACUGACUACGUAGCAGCAACUCUCCAUGGUUUCAGGAAGCAGCUCUUGUCCAGCAAGACUUGGGAGAGUGCAGGAAUUGAACCUGGGUCCUUCUGCAUGCGAAGUAGCUGUGGCCGUUCCCCUAUGGGUAUGUGAGGCAGGGCUGGCUAAGUCAAGGAGCUAGAAGGCCUGCAUAAUAAACAGAGCUGCUCUCACUUCUUGCCGAAACUGCCAGAGGCAUCCCAGACCAAAUCCAAAGUCCAGAGUCUUUGAAGUGUCUUGCAAAUGCAGGCCCACAAAAUAUACACAGUGCUGAUAAACAGGAAAGCUCUCUUGCUGUGUAGAGCAGGGAAGUCCCCAAGUCAGAUCUUGAAUCAGCUGUGAACAUCCCUGGCUGGCCUUAGGCAAACCACAGUCUCUCUGCUUCAUCACCUUCAUCUGUGCUGUGAUAAUCCUGGCCUACCACACAGGAUCGUUGUAAGGAUGAUUGAAAUAGCUGUGUGUGCUUUUAAUAGCAUGCGAACACUGAUAACAGACCCUCCAAGUGUCCCUAUUUUCCAAGGACAGUGCUGGGUUAACAGAAGCCAUCCCAUUUUCUGAUUUGAUCCUGGAAUGUCCCGCUUUUCCUUAGGAUGUGUCCCGAUUUUCAUCGGAGAAAUGUUGGAGAGUAUGUGCUAAAGAACUUGCAAGUGUCACCGUCAUUAAUUAACGGUCAUAAUACCCUGUUGGGGUUCAAGCCACAGACCACCAAACACACACUGAGCCAUUAUCGCCUGCUUUGCACAUCUAUAAAAAAUGGAGGCUUUGUAUGUGCUGAGGAGACUGGAAUGGCUUGGCAUCUACAAAAAAGGAGCCAGCAGACCAUACAGACAGAAGAGUGUAUUUGAGUGACAGAGGCUCUUUGUAGAGCUGGACCAAAAUGUCUUGGGAUACAUUUUUUGAAGAAAAUAAUAUAUUGAGAUUUCUCUUUUAUUUUCCCUCCCGCCCUCUCUCCACCCAAUCAGAAAAAGAAGUCCACUUUGCAGAAAUUUGUCCAGCUCUUUUCCACCAUUUGUGUGUGUGUGUCAGCUGCCAUUUCUCCCUGAGUAGGGAUGUCAGAGAAUUCUGACAGGAAAUUGCUGGUGUUUGCUUAUUUGUGUGUGUGUCAGAUGAAGAAGGUAGGGCACUGCAAAGGAUACUGUGUCCCGUCUACCUCCUCUCUUUCUUCCCCUUUCCUCCUGCAGGAAAAUACUUGUGCCAAAGGUGUGUGCAGUACCUCAAGCCUCUGCUUGAUUCCGGAACGGAAGGCACCCGGGGGCACGUCCAGGUCUUUGUGCCCUUUCUGACGGAGUCCUUGGGCCAAGCUCAGGAGGAGGAAGAGACGCAGUACCCUCUCUGCACCCUGCGCCACUUCCCCAGCACCAUCCAGCACACACUACAGGUGGGGGGGGGCAGGAGGCUGGCUUUUCCCUGGCCUCCUCAAAUACUGUUACUUAUUCCUUCAGCCGCAGAUCCACUCUGCAGUGCCUGCUGCUGCCAAAGAGACCCCUCUCCUGCCUUUCUCUCCAGUUGGUCCAUGCCUAAAGAGGGAAAACUCUCAGCUGCCAAGCUCCUCUUCACUCCUUGCCUGGCCCCUUGGCUUCAUUUACUCUUUCCAGGCAGCUGCACGAGGGCCAGGGCUGUCAACAGCGUUGACGGCAGGAUAUGGGGUCCAGCUGUUUUGCCCAGAAGCCAGGCCAAAAUCCUUCGCCCUUUGCAGAGCUUCAGCUGCUUCUCCUUUUUCUGUGGCAGGGCCAGACAGACCUCUCUCUCUUUUUAUCUCACACUGCCCUGGUGCCUUUGCAUGCCCCUGCUUCCUUCACUCCAUGGAGCAGGAGAUCCUGAUGGGGAGGCUGUCUGGCUGGGCCUGUUAUGUAGCAUCAGGACCCUGAGGAGCAACAGGGGCAGGAGUUCAGUUUUAGGGAAUGGCACCAGAGUUCCUAGACUGCACUGCAGCCCUGCAGCACAAGCCCUGCUCAAGGGCUUCCACUUGCACCACAGGGCCUUCCUUUCCUCUUGGUGCCCACCAUGAUUGGCUCUGGGGUGGGGGGGUCAGGAGAACCUCCAGAACUUCGCAUAAUGGGAAGAGAACUGCAGUACCUGCACUGACAGGACAUUCAUCACAGUGUGGUAUUGAAUUCCAACCUAUAUCUUUAAAGCACAUUUGAAGCAUAUUUCCUCCCCUCAGAGAAUUAUGGGCACUGUGGUUUUUUAAGGAUUGCUGAGAAUUGUAACUCUGUGAGGGGUAAACUACAGUGCCCAGAAUUCUUUGAGGGAAAGAAUGCGCUUUCAAUGUGCUUUAAUGUUACGUGUGUAAGGUAAAAAAGGUAAAAGGGAAAGGACCCCUGGACAGUUAAGUCCAGUCAAAGGUGACUAUGGGGUUGUGGCACUCAUUUCGCUUUCAGGCCGAAGGAGAGUGUGUAUACUGCCUUAGAACCAAGGAACAACUGGAAGGAAGAGGUGCUCUGAGGCUGCAGUCCAGUGCCCAUUUGCCUGAGAGUAAGCCCUGCCUUUUGCCUGACAAAAUGUCCCUAACCCCUGUUCUAAGGGACCCCAAGUAACUGCUGACAAAAACUCCCCUGCCCCCAUCUUUUUCUCUUGCAGUGGGCCCGAGAUCAGUUUGAGGGACUUUUCAAGACAAAAGCAGAAAACGUCAACACAUUCCUGAAGUGAGUAUGGGGAGCAAUCUUGACUGAGGUGAUGUGGUAGAUAAAUGGCAGGAGGGAAAGCUUAGAGUGGGCUGUGUAGGGAAUAGAGUGGAUUUUGUUAAGGAGUCUUCUGGGUGAGGUAGAGGGAAGUUUACCACACAUUCAUAUCCCACCUCUGAGCUGUAGUAGGAGCUGCUGCAUCUGGAGUGGAAGGUGGAACUGCCUAGUGGCAGGACCCACUCAGAGCUCCACGUGCAUAAAAUUACUAGUUAUACAUUCAGUGCAAAAAAGGGGGCUCUGCAGCCGCCUAGAAGACAUACUGAUCAUUAUCCGAGUCCCAUGAUGACCACAGGUGGAAUUUGCCUUGUUCCUAGUGGUGCCAUUUUGGUGUGCUAUACCAGUAUGGUGUAAUGGUUAAAGUAUCGUAUUUGAAUGGGGGGGAAAUCCUAGCUGCCCUAUGAAAUUCACUGGGUGACCAUAGUGGGCCAGUCCCUGCCUCUCAGCCUAAUCUGUUGGUGUUAAUGGAAUAACCCCCAGUCAUGCUGCUCCUUGGGGGAUGGUUGGGAUAAUACAUGAGACGAACAUGCUCAGAAACGUUUCCCUCCCUCUGCCCCCUGCUCUUGCCUUUUAACUUACUUGAUGUCAAAAGGCACUUGGCCACUUCAUUCCCAUCCUGAUGGCUUGUGUUGUGAAUCCACAAGGGUGAGGUUCCUGGGCUGGAAUUCUGAUACCUCUCAAAGAAGGACCUUCAUUGCCCUAAGACUCCAGAGCCAACCUUCAGUUGGCAAGCAUGAGAAGAAGAUGCUAGACUAGAUGGGGCUUUGGUCUGAUCCAGCAGGGCUCUUCUUAUGUCAUAAACUAUUCUAGACAUAAGACAGACAGAUUGGUGUCUGUUAGCUGCCCUGGGCAUUUGGAGAGGCAUCAUAGAUAUUUCUAAGCAUGGAAUUGAUAACAAACCACCUACUAGGAAGAAUUAAGAGCAGUGUUAUCUCAAAAUUCUGCCACAAACGAGGUCUGUUGUUGUCCACAGGGAUCCCAGCUUCCUAGAGUCCCAAGAAAUGGAGGCUGUCAAGAUGCUGGAGUCAGUGCGCAUCAGCUUUCAGGAGAAGCCAUGCAACUGGAGAGACUGCGUGGUCUGGGCUCGGAGACUUUGGGAGCGCCUUUUCUCCCAUGACAUCCAACAGCUGCUGCAUAACUUCCCACCUGAGCAUGUAAGGGCCCUGCCUCUUUCCCCGGCCAUUUCCUGGCUCCUAGUGUGGCGCUUUUCUAAGCACUCUUUUGCCUUUCUCUGUUACAAUCACUCAGCACUGGCUCUGAGAGUUGCAAUCCAGGUGUCUGGAACCAAAUGCAGCAGACUUCUGUUGGCAGCUGCUUAAUGUGAGAUAUAUUAAGACCAAGUGGUAGUCUUUGCAAAGCCCAUCUUUCAGUUGGUUGGUGUUGCCUUCCAGCCACUUGUAACAUUAAGCCUCCUGUGAGAGAUUCCUACUCACCCUUAGCCUCAACACCUGUAGUUCUCACUCUGGGCUCUUUCUAGGUGGACCCACACCACCAUUUAUAUGACCUGGUUCACAUACAGCAUCUCCAAUGGCUUUAAUUGCACAAAGAACCAGCGGCUUAUAGCUUUUGGCUCCACAGCAAGGCACAGGAUGGUCACAGCAGGGCUGGCCCAAGACGUUUUGCUGCUCGAGGAUCACAUAAACACUCCAUGACCGGAAGAUGACUAGACUGCACUUGAAUCUUAGUUCAACACAGCCAAUGGGGUAGUGUCGCCACUGCACCUGAGGAGAGCAGGAUUGUUUCCUGGGUAUGUGACAGGCCUGUGGUACUCAUAGCUUUGAUCUCCAGUCACGGCUCAGGAGGAACGUCUGGGGCCCAGACACAGUUACUCACUCUGCCUAAUGGUAGGGCUGGCUGUGGGUCGGAGGCAAACUGCACGGUCAGUUCCUGAAACAGCAACCGAGAGGCCAAAGGCAGGCAAUCUGGUCCAGGAAAGCCUGACGGUCAGGCUGGACUAAGCAGUCUGUGUAACACCUCAAGCAACAAGUUGUUAAACCUAGGACAGCUCUUAUAUAAGGUCAGCAGGGCCCUUCUUAAUGAUGGUGCCAUGGGUUCUAGAGUACAUCCUCUGGGCACUGAGUCAGUUGCUCCCCUCCCUCCAUUAUGAAUCAGGCUCCUUCCUUUGGACCUGGCGCACAGCACAGGCUGGUAUUUGACCUCCUUGCAGUCCCAGUGACUGGACAGCACUAGUCACAAAUGAUUGGCUGAAAUAAUUUUGUGGUUGGUGGUUAUGUUUUGUCCCAGGUAUCUUGGUGGAGCGAAAUUAUAUGGUUUUGGCAUAUGAGUGAGCCAAUGUUAGCUUUCACAAGGAACCUAGUACUGCUGUCUGAACUCUGGAAAAUCAACAACAUGCACGUCUACAUAUUUUUUCCUUGGCCCUUGACUUGUUCUCUCUUCCUUGGCUGUGCACAGUCUCUCUCUGUGUGUGUCUCUCUCUCUCUCCAGGUCGCAUCAUUUUAGGCUGCAGAAACCUUUGGUCCUCUUCCAGCCCUUGCAUGGCCUGUAGAGUUUCUUUCCUUGAACUUCUCCUCCCGCCCCCUCUGAUGCUGCUUCCUGACUGAUCCCAUCUGUGUUUGUCCCCAGGAGACAAGCUCUGGACUUCCUUUCUGGUCAGGGCCCAAGCGAUGUCCACAACCGCUGAUAUUUGACAGCAGUCAUGUGAGUGGGGAGCUCGGCUUGAGAAGUGGGGGGAACUUGGGAUGCAAUGGAGGUUGCACCCUCAGCGAGGAACAUCUAGGAGAGAUCAGGACAUUUACACAGCUAGGUUCACCACUUCCUAGUCUCAUGGUCAAAGAAAGGGACGAAUGUAACUUUUCAGAAAAAAGAAAAGAAAAAGCAAUAAGUGGAAAUUAGUGCCUUUUUUUAUUCUUGCUGUCUAGAACGGGUGGAAACCCCUUAUCUGUUUUUCACCUUAUUUAUUGUGUAAAAUAGCACCAACAUGUUCCAUGGCACCCUAAUUGAUGAGCAAGAGGUUGGCUCUGUUUUUCUCAUUUGAUUGAUCUGCCUAGUUUAAAACGGUGAACUGACCAGGAACUGAGCCCAUGUUAUACCUCUGUAGAAGUGUUGGUUGCAAAUGACCCAGGAUUCAGCACAUUUGGCAUGUAAGAUUCCCGAAACCAUUGUUCCCAUCAAUUUGGGCUUGUAUCCAGUGUUGCAUGGGUACACUUCUACUGUGAGAUUUCUGCUUCCUUUCUUCUGCACACUCCCAAAAUCUGCUCUGGAGGCUCCCUCAACCCUUUGGAACAGAUUUUGGUGGCUGUAGCACGGAGGAGAGGAAGGGGAAGUUGUGCAAGCGGAAGUCUGUUUAAGUAGAGUGGAAGAGCAGGGUUGGAUAUAGCCCCUGGGUCUGAAUCUGGCAGCAGGCUUCCAUGAGUUGGGAUGCUGUUUUGACUGUGUAGGAGGGAAGAGGAUGCUUAGCUGAGGUUGGAAGGGGUCUACAUUUCUGGAAGAGCAGUCAGUAGAGCAAGUUACUGGUUGUCAGGAGAAGGAAACAGUCCAUAGUGUGGAAGGGUGCUGCUGUCUCUGAUGCACCUUCUUUGCUUUUCUAGACCACCCACAAGACCUUCAUUUUGGCUGCCAGUCACCUCUUUGCCAGUACCCACAAGCUGUGUGUGAGUGAGGAAGAUUCUGUCACUUCCCAAGUCCUCUUUGGCUUGCAUCUGCCACCUUUCCAGCCACUUCAGGGAGUGCGUAUCCCCCUCACUGACCAAGAAAUGCAGAAUCCACAAGACUCUGUUGGUAAGAAGUUUGCUGAAGGGCAGGUAUCCCAACCGUUCCAACCAGGCCCUAGCAGGGAACCUGUGGCCUUCCAGAUGUUGUUGGACUCCAACUCCCAUCAGCCCCAGCCAGCCUGGCCAGUGUGGUCAAGGAUGAUUGGAACUGUAGUACAGCAACAUCUGGAGGGCUGCAGGUUUCCCAUCCUUCCUUAGAGCAGUCUGCCAACCAUGUCACAUCUGUGAAUGGAGUGUCAGGAAAUGCAAUGGGAUCUCUAAGGGUAAGAUGAGACUUGGGCUUCCCACAGAGUCGACCCAAGCCAGAAGUGGAUAACAUGCUUCUCCCUGCAUUGCUCACAUCUCAGGCCACUGCUGGGCUGUGUCCCCGCCUACUACCCCUAACUGUGUCUUUCAGAUCAGACGGAGGUGGGAGAGCUGAGGAAGGAACUGGCAGCACUGAGGCAAGAGCUGGAAGAGCAAAAUUCCCUCAUGUCUAAUGCUAUGGAGCCCAUUCACUUUGAGAAGGUAAAAAACGUUCCUGCGUGUUUCCACCUCUCUUUGCAUUUCCCUCUGAGCUCCAGGUUUCCAAAGGCGGAAGAGCAUGACCCUUCUUGGAGGAGAGAGGGUGUGGUGUGUGACUCUGCUGUUCCAGCCAUGACUUCCCCUCCUGCAGCUCUGCUUAUGCCUCUUAAUCCUCAACAGGUUAAUUUCGGUUAAGAUCAACAGUGCUUUCUUGAGAUGACUCACAGACAAAUUUUCCCAGUGCCCCAGUAUCUGUAAAGGGCAGGCACAGGCAAGAUAUUUUAUGUUCAGGGUUCAGAUGCCCAAAUAAAAAAUUACUAUCUGAUUUCAUCAUGUGCUAAAAGUUUGAGUAUAGAGGCUUAGAGGCUGAGCUACAAAUCAGGAUGCCUCAUUCUGAAUCUCAUCUCUGGCAUGAACUCGCUGAUACUCAACAAGCCACGGUCUCUGGGUCAGCCUUCUAACUGUAAAAUAAGAGUCAGAAUACUGGCCUACCUUGCAGAAUACGUAUAUGGAUUACUACAAGAAGCAAUGAUGAAUAGACAGUAGGGUUGCCAUACAUCCGGAAUUUCCAUGACACAGCCAGAAUACCACAGUGGGGAGCAGUGUCUGGGCGGAAAUUGCUGAAAAGUCUGGGGAAAACCAGACGAAUGGAAACCGUUGUUGGAAGUUCAGAUUUUGUUUAAUUAAUUUUUUUUUAAUUUAAAUUUUUUUUAAAAUACGACAACCCUGAUAGAUACUUUUAAGAAGUAUUCUGAAGGAAUAAACUACAGUGGUACCUCGGGUUACAUACGCUUCAGGUUACAUACGCUUCAGGUUACAGACUCUGCUAACCCAGAAAUAGUACCUUAGGUUAAGAACUUUGUUUCAGGAUAAGAACAGAAAUCGUGCUCCGGCAGCACAGCGGCAGGAGGCCCCAUUAGCUAAAAUGGUGCUUCAGGUUAAGAACAGUUUCAGGUUAAGAACGGACCUCCGGAACGAAUUAAGCACUUAACCCGAUGUAAUGGUUCUAGGGGUUGCUUGUGCGUAAGCCGGUGCUUAUCUCCCCGGCUGGGUGCAAACACCUGGCUGGGUUGCCUAAGAGAACCUUUUCUGUCCGGACAGCCACUUACCCGUGGCUGACUCAAUCGCUGGCAGAAUCCAUCAGUGGCCGUUUCUUAAACUUCUUCCGGCAAAGAAGCUCUUUGACGCCUAGUCUCCUCCUACUAUCUCUGCGCGAAAGCCUUCUGCGCAAGGAGGGCGUGGGCAGCGGAGGACCCCUACUCUCCCCGCUGGUCCCAGGCAGAGAGUCAUGGGACCGCUUCGCCGCUUCCCCCAUCUGCCCCCCUUCUCUACUUGUGCUACGCUGAUUCUGUUCCCCAGAAGAUGGGCUGCUUCUCCCGAUCCCUGGACGCUCUCUGGAAUCCCUCUGGCUUUUGCUCUCUCCCUCCGGCACUGAUGGCAGUUCCCUGACACCCGAGGUACCACUGUAUGUUUAAAAUGUGAAUGCCCUGUAUAACCAAUGUUAUUGCAAUUUUGCCAAAAAGAGCUCAACAACCUUUGUAUGCGGAUUUGCACUUUUUGAAAUAAGGCAACCCUAAGUAAUAAUGACACAGGAAAUCAUGGUUUGUCAUUACGUCUGAACCAGGCUAAUUUGUUACAAUCCAGACCACUUGUUCUGUAGCCCCUAUUGGACACUGAAUGAGGAGCUGCUUUCUGUAGGCAAAGCAUGUGUUCUGCCAUCCCCUAUCUUUUAGUUCUGUAUUGUAGCUGAGAGACUGUUUUAUUCAGCUAAAAUGACACUAGUAGCUGAAUUGGGGGGGGGGUUUGUUAAUGUGUUUGGUAGAGUUGGGAGCGGGCCCAUUUCUCCUCCACAGCUGCUGUUACAGAAGUUUCUUCAUACAGUGAGCAUUUGUCUGCACAACUGCAGAUGUAAUGUGGGGAGUUUGUGGGGAUUAUAUCCCAAUAUAUCAUCAGCUGCCAGGAUUGGGGCCCAGAUUUCAGUUAAGGUAGAAUAUUUUCCAUAUAUUGGAGGUUAAGUUGAAAGCUGCUGUCAAACAGCCCUAAUAAAAAAAAAUCUGGUUUGUUUUGUUGCUUUGACCUUUUAAGGGUUUUUGAGGGGUGGGGGAGGUUUGUGCCUGAAGUUUAAAGUUGUAUUUUGUGUAGAUUGAGAUUCAGGAUUUACAUAUGCACUGCUUGCCACAGGUUUCUUGAAUGUAUGAAUUUCAUUUCUGCCUUUACUGGUCCAGUAGAACUAAGUACCCAAGUCCCACUGAUUCCGGUGGGAAGAGUUUGAGUGGAUAUUUAAAACUCCUAAGGUUGUGUACACUUUACCAGUUUAAAAAGCAGCUAGGUUGUACUUUUUUCUCUGGAUAGAAACUGGUCUGGACAAAAAUGCAUCAAAAUGCAGUAUUUCAUAAGAAACGACAGGAUAGAUACAGAUUGUGGCGAACGUUGUAUGUACAGCACUUCCCAAACCAGUGGUGAGAGCACACUGGAUGUAAACGGAGGUGGAGGGUGGGUGUUGGCACAGCCAAAGAUGUCCCUGAAUUUGACAGUUGCUGUAAGCUGCAGUUCUUGUGUCCAGCUUUUGGAGGUGCCAGAGUGCCAGGAAUGGGUUGGGAUGAGCCUGGGGUCAGUAUCCCUCCCACAAUCUGUGUAGUACCUAGCCUACUACUCUCUUAGGCUGUGUACGCACUUCUGUGCACUCCACAUCCAGCACACUCCCACCACUCUUUUGGGAAGCGGUGUACACACAACAUAAGCAACUAUCCUGCAUCUUGUAAUUUCUUAUGAAAUGCUGUGUUUUGAUGUGUUUCCUCCACAACCAACAUCAAUCCAAAGUGAGAAAAAGGACAACCUAGACAUAUUUUAAAGUGCUAAUGCGUACACAGCCUUAUACCCAACCCUGUUUGUGGUUUGCAGCGCAUGACCCACCCUCCUACAGGCUGUGUUCUUUUCUGAGUGCAGAACAAACGAACCAAGAAGGAUCAGAAGAGUCUGUUCCUUGAGUACAAAAUGGCAGUUGGUUAUCAAGCCAGGCAAUGGAGUCCUUCAGCCAGGAACUGUGUGUUUUUGUCACUUUCAUAUUAUUUCUAUAAACAAGGCUUUUUCCAAUCAUAGUACGUAAGGACUAGGAAGCUGCCUCUUCAGAUUAUUUGUUUUGCUGACCCAGUGCUGCUUGCCAAAACUGGUAGAAGCUCUCUAGCAUCUCACCUGCAAUCUGAUUUUAGCAGCAGAUGCCAAGGGCCUUCUGUCUGCUAAGGAUGGCCUCUGCCCUGUAGUGUGGUCUCCCUCACACACUGGGGGAAGCUUAUGUUGUACCAUGGCUACUCAGAUGAUUACUUAGUCAGACUCUGUGCCUGUGCACAUGGUCCAAAUUUGUGUAUAAUUGCUUGUGAUUAGCACAUUUUAUUCUGCUCCUGCUAUUCAUGGGAAAAUGCAAGGAGCUUUGCAGGGAACUGAAGCUCUGCCUCCUAGACUCUAGGCCUUUGGCUCUUCAGACUUUGUUGGACUCCAAUUCCAGGUCACAAUGAGAGCUGUGGUCUAGCAACAUUGGAGAACUAGAUUCCCCACCCCAUCUCUUCUAUCGUUAAAAAAAAAUCACACCAUGCAGACAAACCCUGGCUGUAACCUCUGUUAAGUUUCCUUGCCACCCUAUGUAGACCUUGCACUCCCUUUGUUCUCAUCCUCAUUCCACUAAGAUCCCUUCUCUUUUCCCCUCUGUCUUUGCCACCCUUCUCUGGCCUCAGGGGAACGACAUUCACUUGAACUUCAUCAUGACAGCAGCCAAUCUGCGAGCUGAGAACUAUGGCAUCCCUCCGGCUGAUAAGCUGCAGGUGAGGAAAGGAGGCGGGACUUUGGGAGUCAUUUUCCCCAGUUGCCUGCCAGCUUCAGGAAAUAAAGUGGGGCGGGACACAUUCAUGUGUCUGUCUCUGGCCUAGCAGCAUCCCUCCCUCCAGUAACCUCUGGUGCCCUUUCCCAUUCACUGUCUUCAUGCUGAAGGCCCAGUUUGAUUUCCACAGGCGAUGAAGAUCGUGGGGAGGAUUGUGCCUGCCAUUGCCACAACCACAACAGCUGUAGCCGGUCUGGUGUGCUUGGAGCUUUACAAGCUGGUGUGGCGACACAGACGCCUGAGCUCCUAUCGCAACAGCUUCCUGCAGCUCUCGGAGCCCCUGCUCAAUCGCUUCCAGCCUCUGUCGUCUCAACCAAUAUACGAGGUGAGGCCUGGGCUCUGGGCUCAUCAUGCUUUGAAGGUAGAAAGAAGCUCAGUAGGGCCUGCUUUUCCUAGCAGACUGGCAGGGAGGGCAGGAAGGAAAGAGACACUAUGCGCAUUUAGAUGGGCUGCUGUUCUUUACACUCAGAGCUAACUCUGUUGAGGUUGUAGAUCAGAGGCAGGGGACCUUUUUCAACUCAAGGGCCGUGUUCUGUUCUGGACAAUCACCUGGGGGCCACAUGCCAGAGGUGGGUGGAACCAGAGGCAAAAGGAGGAGGACCAACAGAUGUACAUUUUCACUUUGUACAGUCUACACACACCUCUCUAUCCUCCAUCCAGGCAAGUAAAAAGCAUUAUUGGAGUUCAAGGACACAUCCUAGCUAAGCAAGAUUGCUUGAGGAGAGAGUGAGGCAGGGUUGGUGAAGGACGUGCCGUGGGAAGAGGGCCGUGGCUGGCAAGGGACAGACUUGGAGGUUCCCAAGUCUCUAGAAGAGAGAACAUGGAGUGCUGCAGUGUGGAGAGUAAGUCAUUCAGGAACAAGAAUCUGCCUUCCCCAAGGCUAGUGCAGUAUCCCAUAUAGCUGGAUUAGAGGCUCUGUACCUAGGAGCAUUUCUGUGUGGGCACAGGCAUUGAUUCCGACAGGUACCUCCUUAAUUCCCUCCCGCUCCAGCUCUUAAAAAUCUAAAUGAAACAGCAAUGGCUUGCUCUUGUCCUGUGCUGCAGAGUGCACCUAAAAGCAGCUUUGGACGUUUCAAGACAGAUGUACAGCACCUCAUGCCUUUAGUUCUUACGCUGCUGCUGUGAUGCCCAAAGCCAAACAGGUAUGGAAAGAUUUGCAUGUCCAGCCUGCGAACCUCUCCUGACCAAGUUCCCCUUAAGACAUUACAGCAGCUGUGGGACAACCACUGUAGCCCUUGAGCACCAAGGUGAUGGUGGUGCUGUGAUGCUUUCAGGCCUGACUGCCUUCCGUUCCCAGAGUGCCCAGCCAUACCUUAUCCCUGGAAGUGGGCCACGCAGUCAGAACUUGCGCAAGCCUCGUCAGCUGGAGCUGGUGCUAGAAUGGCUGCCCCGUAGGGAUGUCAGCAACUCCCAGACUGUGUUGAGGGGGAGACUUCCUACUCCAUCUCUCCUGUCUGGGUGCUGGGUACUGAGCAGCUUGCCAGGAGCCGAUGUGUGGGGGAGGACGGCUGUUCCCACUCAGCUGCUGACCCUGCCUUUCCUGAGCCCCUUCUGGCAGGCAGAAGGCGAAGGAGAUCUAGUUUCAGAAGCCGGUGCCUGGCGUGUGUAUCAGGCUAGCAGCAGUGUGGAAGGAGAGGCACAGACGGGGCUGCCUGUGAGCUGUCAGACACAGGAAAUGGUCUUUAACCUGCAGCUGACACACACAGCUGGUGCCAAGCUGGAUCUCUGGCUCUUCUUGCCCUGGCCUAACUCAACACCCCUUUCCUUUAGCCUCAGCCCCAGAUGCUGGUUCUUGACCUUUCCGCACAGGCAUCUGUGCAUCCACUGGGUGUUCUGAACCACUUUGACUCAGAGGUGUUUCUUGGAGGUAUAGCCAGCAGGCCCAGUGAAUCCAGAAUGGGCCCUCAUGUAAGGCAGUGAACAUUUGUUCCCCUUGUGCCUUGCAGGCAUGCAGUAGAUACUUGGUGGACAUCUUGAGAGCAGCAUAAGGCGAUAGAAUUUACCCAGCCGUACUACCUUCAGCAGAUAGACAAGUUGUUGUGUGUGAAUAAUAAUGGUAGGUUUGGCAUUACUGUCAAAGAUGUAGUGGUGAUCUGGACAAGGGAAAACAAACAAAUCUUGAAUCCUGGCAAGACCCUGGUUCACAUUCCAAGAAAUUGGUGAGUUUCCCGGGAUGGGAUUGCGCUUCCUCUGAAGGAGUAAGCAUGCAGUCUGGAGUGGCAGCUGCAGAUGCUCCUAGACCUGGAUAACGGAGCCACAGUAGUCUAGGCACUGGUAACUUCAAGACUGGCUUGCUUCAAUGCACUCUUUGUGGGGCUUCCCCUGUACUUGGCCCAUAAAGUGCAGUUGUCAAUGCUGCAACACAAUUGCUGACAGGAGUGCCAACGUAUUAUACCUCUUCCUAAAGAUCUUCACUUGCCGCCAAUUUGCUACUGAGCCAAGGUCAUGGUUUUACUGGUAGUAUAUAAAGCUCUUAACAGCUUCAGACCAAUUUAAUUGAGACAUCCUUGCCCCAUAUGUACCUACUUGGCAGCUUCUAUCAACGGAACAUGCACUUUUACAAGUGCCAUUUAAUAUGUGUUCGGCUUCUGUGAAGUUUUGGAACUCCUUAGCAUUUAACUUCAGUCAGGCGCCUUCAUUGUACUUUUAGACUCUUGCUAAAAAAAAAUUAUUUCAGCGAGCCUAUUUUGACAUAUAAUUAAGUUAUGCCUAAUGUUUUUUUUUUUUUAAAAUUCUGAUCUUAACUCCAUAUUAUUGAUAAUUAUUUUACUGUUUAAAUAUGCAUCACUAAGAUUUUUUUAUUAAGUGGUUUAUAAAAUUUCAUAUAUAUAUAUAUAUAUAUAGGGGAUGGGGUGGGGGGUGCAUCUUCUGACAACAGGGUGACUAGCCAAGGAAACAGAGAGCAGACAUACAUGCUGACAAUUAGGAAUUGCAAUUCAUGUUCAUCUGUUCACGUUUGUAACAUCUUACAUAUGUUUGGAUGCAAUUCACUGGCUUCAGUUUCCAUGUAGUGUUAAGCCAAACCAUGGCUUAGUGUAAAUGGGGUAGGCUCCUAGAUAUUGCAGCUGCUUUGUUACUCUUCUGGUCCUGCUGCUGCUAUGCUGAUGUGAGCAGCUUAGGGUUUAAUCUAAACCUGGAUUCAUGGUUUAUCUCCUCCAGACAAACCAUGGCUUGUUAAGCCAAGGACAAACCUUGGUUAUAGGUUGUGCUUUAUCUGGGGCUCGACGAAACAUGUGCCUGGGUUUGGACAGUACGCUAAGUCGUGGUUUAGCAGUAGCAGGAUCAAAUGAGAAGCAGAGGUCACAAUCUCAUCUAUAGACCAUACAUUUGUGCUGAGCUAUUUUGUGCUGACUGGAUCACUGUAUCUUGUUUUACUACUGUCAGUGGUGAGCCUUUUCCAGGAAAGGACAUAGCAAGACAUAAGCAGAUGUUUGUUUAUUACUUGUGUAUCCUGCCCUUCCUCCAAUGAGCUCAGGGUUACAUUUGUAAGAUUCCUGGGCAGCCUCCCAUCCACUCCCCAGACCUACUUAGCUAAGAGUUGGAAUUAUGGUACAUUGGGCGAUGCCCUAAGCCAGCCCUCACUUAUUCUAUAGGGUUGCCUUACCAGCAGUGCCAUUAACUGUCCUACACGAUGGCUUCUAGCUAGCUGCCUCUUCACAAGGCAUUCUGCCAUUCAUUGUAUAGACGUGGAUGCAUAUGUGUGUACAUGUGUAUGCAUGAGCCUGCACACAUGUAUGCAAACACACACACGUACACAGACGUAGACUUUCUGGGGGCUUUCCCCCCUAUUUUGUGGCAGCCCCAAGACUUCACAUUCCUCCCAAUUUGUUGGGGCUAGGGCCAGCCUUGGCUUCCUUGCAAAACCUCCCCCCCCUCCCUUUUCUGGAGAGAGAAACCAGAGCUUGGAUGGAGGGGGGGUUGUGGAAUCGGUGAGGAGGGCGGGAGAGCAAGAAGCUAAAUUAAGAGCGUCUGUUUGAAUAGAAGCCUUUUUGUCUUGAGUUUAUGGAGUGCGAGGCUGGGGCUUCCUGCUACACAGGAAGCGCAGAUUGGAACCAGAUUGGUGGGACCGGAGCGGGGUGGAGGGGCGGGCAGGAAAGACGGGGGGGGGAGGCCGACUCUUCUAUCGCCACUGAUUUCCACGGCUUCGGCUCUCGGCGCCUCUGUUCCUCCACCCCCCCCCGCCCCCUCCAUCGCUCCCAGUUCAGAUCACGCUGCACGGCCCGAGGGCUUGCUGAGCACGCGCGCAGGCCCCAAACGUCCUGUGAUUAUUUUUUUUAAAGGACAUCUCAGAUUUCUUAACAGCCCAGCUCCGCAGAAGGGUCCCUAUAUAAGCAGGAACUUCAAAGCUUCCCUUGUGACGCGGGGGUGGGAAAUGAUUUUUGUGUGUGAGAGAGAGUUUUUGAAUCUUGGAGCAGCUGUGCAGUGUGUGAGCUCUCUCUCUCUCUCCUCUAAAGUCUUUAAGAGGAAAAAGCCUGGCUGCAGCGAAGUGGCACCGUGCCCAGUUUGCCCAUGUCAGCCCUCUGGGAAUGGAGGGCAUUCUGGUGGUGCUAUAGAUAGAACCGCCGUCGGAAAAAGGGGGAAGGAAAAAGAAACCAGAGCAGUGGUGGUUGGGUUUGCAGUCGUAGGACCACUUGGGGCAAAGGACGGUUUGCUUCCACUUUCAGGAGUGAGUUUAGCCCCCCUUGCGGUCCCCCCCCCCUUGAAGUGAAAUUAUGGAUCCAUUCCUGAAAGCAGUGAAUCUGAAAUUGCUUCCCCUUGGAGCUGGGUGGGAACCAGGAGAGGAGGGGAGCCGAUGGAGUGAAUAGAGCGCAGCAUCAGGAGGAAGGGAGCAGCUCCAGAUGAGGAACGGGGCUGAUUUGCAAAAGGGAAUCGAGAGCGGUGCCGGGUCCAGGAACGUGUGGAACUGAUUAAGCAGCAUAUGGGAGUCAUUACUUAGCAAGGGCUGGCGACUGGGGGAAGGGAGCUCUUACCCUGGCGCCAAAGGAUUCACGCCUAACCCCCCCAGAAUAAGAUUCAUUGGACCUUUGCUCCUUAGUGCCUGAGCCGAUUUUUAAAAUUAUUUUUUGGGGCGGGUGGGUGUGAGAAUAAUACGUUUGCAGGGCACUGUAAGGCAGGCAUGAGCAAAGGAAAAAAGUCAGGCAAAGGGAGGUUUCCUUUGCAUUGGGACAUCCAGCCAGCUGGGGGACACAUUGCUUAGAACAGAACCCGACUCCUGUUGCCCCAGUCUCUGCAGGCUGGUCCUUUCCGGCAUGUCUUCGGUUCUGUUUUGCUGUGGAAGCAGCAUUAAGGUGCUGGAAGGUGAAGAGCUGAGCAAGAGGUGCUAAUGAGUCCCCUGUCAGUGUGAAAGGCCAAGCCCAGCCAUAUGGUUCUUUUGGAAGGAUGGGAAUCUGCCCUCUGGGUUGGCAACAACAUAGAAGAGCAAAUGGGAUGGACCAUAUGGUCCCAAAUGGCCAAGAUUAUUUUGCGGGGAGCAACUUUCAUUUCCAACUCUAGCCUUCCACCUCCCAAGCAUGUUCUUCCCAAAAAAAGAGGUAUGGUCAGGAGCGAGACUUUGCAUGUUUCAAACAAAAGCAUAUCCUCUCUUGUUUACAGGGGUUUGGGUUUUGCAUGCACGCUCUUAUUAAUUCUUUCAGAAAAAAUGGCCACUCAUUUGGAAUAAUCUCUCCAAGCAGGUGUACAUAAUAAGAUAAUUAUCAAUAAAACACAGAUUGCAACCAGCAAAACAUUUUUAAAAGAAGUAUUCAUAACUGAAUGAUGUGUAUGGAUAGUCUUGCUGAAAUAAAAAGUUUUCAACUUGUGUCUAAAACAAUAGGAAGGGCAACUUGCAGGGCACCAAUGCAUAGCUGCUACCACACUACAGCUGAGCUUUUGUCCAUCUUGCUGCACCAGCCAGCUGAAAACAUGAGUUCCUCCUUCCUGCUUCUGUUCUGUUCCUUUUUGUAAUUUGCUUUCCGUUCUUCAGAAUACCAGCAGCACUUCCCAGGGCUUGCAGGAAGCAUGAGUGAGUACUGUAUGGUGCUCCUGUUUUCCAUUGUUCUGCAUCCACCCCUCCUUUUUACAUGAAAUCUACAAAACCUCAGUGUAAAUUUGAAAUAAGCUGGGAGAGAAUGUUUGGCCCUCCAGCUGAGUUGACUAGAAACAGCAUCUCAACAGAUCAAAGGACAAGACCCCAGAUCCCAAGCAAAGGGUGGCUGUGAUCAGACCUUCCCUCUGAAAGCAUGGACUGGGUUUGGGAUCGACCAUGCUGGCCUUGCUAGCCCGCCCAGACCUAUCGAUCUGCUUGUAUUCAGCAGAAGAACUGAAAGGGCUUCUUGCAAACAGCUGUUUGUCUUCCCUAUCUGAUCAGGGUUCUUGCUCCCAUGCGAGAACAUGUGUACAUGCAGCUGUACACAUACAGAAACCCCCUUCAGAUAUGAAAUCAUAGAAUUGUAGAGAUGGGAGGGACACCAAGGGUCUUCUAGUCCAACCCCUUGCAAUGCAGGAAAGCCUGCUGGGCCUGGGGGGGGCGGCCCAGAAAGUACAAUCCCUUCCCCCAUUCAUUACACAGUCUACAUGUGGACAGAACAUCUGAAAAGGGAUUCCUUCCAGUAGCUCCUUAGAGACCAACCAAUAACAAACUUAGUUGGUCUCUAAGUUGCUACUGGAAGGAAUAUACCAAUAACAAACUUAUUUGGUCUCUAAGGUGCUACUGGAAGGAUUUUUUAAUUUUGUUUUGACUACGGCAGACCAACACGGCUACCUACCUGCAAUCUGAAAAGGGGUUAGUAGUAUGCUGUGGGGUGGAGACUAGUGCAAGAGGACAUGGCUAUACAGCCUCCCCAAGUACAGAGUCCCAGGUGCGUAUCUCUGUGGGGGGGAAAAAGUUCCCUCCUGCAAUCUAUGGCUUUGCUGCUGCGACUGGAGUUGAUGAGACCUAGUGGUGUGGAGGCCUGUGCCCUGAAGCUAGCAUGAAAGAACAGUAGCCCUGUCCUUCUCUGGCUGGCAGAGGAGCUCUGUCUCCAUCCUGUUGAGAAGCAGGCGGAACAGAAGGCAGUGGUCUGGGGCACGGGCCCCAUUUGCACUAUUCAUUUAAAGCAGUAUAAUACCACUUUUAACCGUCAUGCCCCUCCCCGAAGAAUCCUGGGAGCUGAAGUUUGUUAAGUGUUCUGAGAGUUGUUAAGAGAGCCCUGUCCCCCUCAUACAGCUACAAUUCCCAGAGCGGAUUAACAAACAAUCCCUCUUUCUGGGGAACUUGGGGAAAUGUAGCUCUGCGAGGAAGAACACGGGUCUCCUAACAACUCUCAGCGCCUGUAACAAAACACAGUUCCCAGGAUUCCCUGGGGGAAGCCGUGGCUAUUUAAAGUUCUAUGACACUGCUUUAAAUGUAUAGGGCAAUUGGGAGCACAGUGUCGUGCGCAGGAACAGAGGGAAGUGUUGUUUCACUUUUAUAGGCUUGUGAGAGUGUUGGGCAAGGGUCUGAUGGUACCUCUGGCAGCUGCUUCUGUCCCCAGAUUUAGGGUGGUAUAUAUGUCCAUGUGUCUCUAUAUAUUUUUCUGUCAUUUUUGACAAGACAGAUUUGCUUUGGAGACCCAGGCGAAUGCUAGCGUCCAGGCCAGCCUUUCUCCUCCCCUGCUGGCCAGUGACUUAGUCCAGGACAGUAUCCCUUUGUGCGACAGUCUGACCCCACUAAGUUCUCUCUGGUCAGGGCACUUCCUGCUAUGAACCGCUAACUAGCCCCAAAGGGCUCCUUGUGAAGAGGACUGGCUGCUUCUUGUCCUCCUCCUCUCUCUCUCCUUCUCCUUGCCCAGGGCCAAAACAGGCAGGCAGGGUCAACAGUGCAGGGGGCUAAGAGGUUCCACAACAUCCUGGGCCUUGUUCUGAAGAAAAGGACAAUUGUGCAUAGGCAAGGCACCAUCUCAAUGUGUCUUUGUGCAACAGAGAGCCACAGAUCAUGAAUGGACAGAAUGCAGCCUUAAAAGAGUCCCCUCCGUUAGGCCUGUUGACAGUUAGCGCAUUCAGAGCCGUCACGACAGGAAAGAACCAUUUCAUCCAGAUCUGACUUCCUAUACGCAGUGCAGGAGGAAUGGCUUCCUUUGGUUCAUAGGGAAGCUGGCCGCUGGCAGCCUACACUGACAGGCAGCAGCUCUCUGAGAUCUUGAACAUGGGAACUUCUGUGCACAAAACAGAUGUGCUACUGAACCACAUCCCUUCCCUUUCAUAUUAUAUGCCACAUCUGUUGCGAUGGACUCCACUUAAAACAUAUUUUGAGGAGAGGGCUGGUCUUUGUUUGGAGCCUGUGAGGGUUGUGCUGCUUUGCUUCUUAGAAUUCUGCUCUGUCCUUCCUCCAAGAUGUUUAAGCCUCACAAUAGCCAUAUGAGGUGGGUUAAGUUGAAAGAAGAGUGAACUCUAUGGCUGAUUUGAAUCUGGGUUUCCAGUAUCCAGAUCCAGUGCUCUCCAUGCUUUGGAGACCCCACCCACCCACCCACCCACCCACCCACUUCCUUGGCAUUGGGCGUUGCAAUUGUUAGUUGCCUUUGCUGUUUGAAAUGCCGCGUCAGAUCAGAAUUUGUCUGGUUUUAUCUUUUAUUUUUAUUGGAGGUUCUUACGUUCCUCUUGGCUAGAUUAAAGCGCCGCCCUUUUGGCACUUAAAAACUUCUCAUCUGUGAAGGUGCGCUACAAUCAGUUCACCUCUUAACCUUCUUUCUGAUAAGGUGAACAGAAUGAGCUGCUACAAUCCUUUGCUGCAAAGGUUUCCUUUGCUACAAACAGCUCUGUUUUUUAAUAUUUGAAUCGUAAAUGAACUGUGGAGCCUGAAUUAGACAUGCUUGUGAUCUAGCAGUUGUGUCUUCAACGUUAAGGGUAUUAAGGUUUUCGUUUAAUAAAAAGAUCCUAGCAAGUCUAGUCAUUCAAAUCACUUUGUACUAACAGUCUGUGGCCAUUGGUAGUUACCAAUAUGGGCCUUUAGGCUAUAAUCCUAUGCAAACCUGCUUGGAUGUAAGCCCAGCACACAAAGGUUUUAGCUGCAUGACAUUUUAAAAUAUGUGAUCUAAAAGGGUCGCCAUAUGUCCAGAAUUUUCCGGACAUACCCGGAAUGCUGCAGUUGGAAGCUCAACAACUUUUGUGGCCAGGUUUUUACUUUUUGAAAUAUGGCAACCCUAGAUCUAAGGCCUUGACCCACUUGGCUCUGCAGGAAAUGGCUCCUUCAUAGGUUACCUGGUUCAUGCUGCAAGCGUGUUGGGACAUGGUACCUGCUGGGUUGGGUGAUCCAUUUAAUUUUAGAACUGACCUUCUUUGGGUAUCUGCUCUAUUCUCAUGCACCUGGUGAAGUGGACUCCAGUCCACCAAAGUUUAUGCACUAAUAAGCAUGUUCGUCUUAUUAUUAGUCUUGCCGCAACACUCUUCACUUAUUUUGCUUUAAUCUCAGUAUCGCCAGAAAACAUGGAGCUGCUGGGACAGAAUUGAGGUGCCAGGUGUCGAUGCCCAGGGAAAGGAGAUCACCUUGAGAGACCUCUGCAAACACCUCCAGGUGAAGAGGAUGACCAAGUAAAAUGUUUCAUAGGCAGGUUCCAUCAGGAACCCAGGCAGCAUAUGCUGGGAUGGCCCGUGCCACUGACCCUCCUCAUUACCAUGCAUGCCGGGGUUGCAGCAGUGGGUCUUCUCCUCUGCGGCAUCCUGAGGUCCAUGAGAGGCCAGUGGGCACAGCACUUUGAAUGGGCAUGUUGCUCCUUCCAGUAUUAACAAACACAAAGGUAUCCCUUACCAGGUACCCUCAUUCACUCCAAUAUCAAUGAGAUGCCCCUGUUCUGUCCCAAAUACCCCAUUGCCAUAAUCCAAUUCAGUUUGCUCCCUGCUCCUACUUUGCUCUUUUUUCUGGUUGCCCUGAUUGUCCCACCCCAUCCUCUGCUGGUUCCCAAGACUGCGCUCCCAUGUCAUCCUUUUGAAAUUAAUGGACCUAACUUAACCAUGUUUGUUAAUUUCAGUGGAUCUAUUUUGAGAAUAACUAGUUGAACGCCACCCUCUCACAACUUGUACUUAACCUGGUGCUCCUGGAGCUCUUUCAGUUGAGAGUUCUGAUUGUCUCUGUGUGGUGCUGACUCCUGCUCACUUUCACAGAUGGAGCAUUCCUUGGUGCUGGAGAUGCUACUAUAUGGAAAAGCUCUUCUGUACGCUGGCUUCUGCGAAGAAAAGGCAAAAGAGCAGAAGCUAUCCAGCAGGUAGGAGAAUCCAAAGGAACAGAGCUUGGGAGUCACAAAGGAACAAAAGAAGAGCCUGACUGCUGGAUUAAGCCCAUGACCCACCUCAUCCAACAUCCUGUUCUCACAGUGGCCAACCGCAUGCCUGGGGGAAACCUCCUGUUUCCACCUUCUGCUCCUGAUUCUCAUGAAGCCUGAGGGGGGCCAGUGCCCCGGGUAUUCUCAAGGCAUGGCUUAGGCAGAGAGAACCUUCCAAUAGCUGUUUCUGAUGCAUGCAGGGUUUGUUUUUUACAGAGUCCACACAACACCUUCAACAUCAAAAUGCCAGCCUGUAUUCCUUCCCUCUGCCCCUAAAUCCAGGUGUACCCUUUUCUCAGGAAUAUCCAAUACAUGGGUUUAUUUAAAAAAACAAAACACAACUCUUAUCAGUGACCCAUUUGCAAUACCUGAAUAUCAUUUUUGCAACGUUAACACCACCCCGGAAGCAGUCAGACUCUCAGUGAGCCCUUCCACAUUUCCUCCUGCCUGCCGUGGGGUUGGAAGUGGCAUUUGCCCUGUUUUCCUCCCUGCUUGCCCGUUUUCUAGGGUCUGGGAAGCCACUGACCUGGAAGAGGGCAGAGGGACCCUCAGGAGUGUGGGAUAGCUAGGCCACAGCUGCCCCCACUACAGGCCCCCUGCCAGAACAGCCUGGCUUACUGUAUCUGCAGCAGCUGCAAAGCCUCUGCGUCCUGUCCCUUCCACGCUGGGUAAACAUCCUGCUGUCAGUGCCUCCUCCGCUGCUUCCUGGGGCAGACCAAGCUCUUCCCACCCCCCAAAUGCAGGCUCUCCUGGGCCUCUGCCAUCCACAUAUAUCCAGAGGCAGCAUGAGUCCCUUACUCUAUGAUCUUUCCAGACACCUUGGCAGGCUGUCCUGCUCUCUGCCCACUCACUCUCCCGCCUUCUCCAACCCCCCAUUCCCACCCCAAAACAAACUGGGCUGCAGACUCGCUCAGGACGGAUAGUUUCACUUUGGCUGCCUCUGCCAUUUCUUAAGCAGAGAGCAAAAGUGUGCUUGGUUUUCUGGUACGGGUGGGUGCAGUGCUGGGGAGAUGGCAAAGAAGUGCUAGCAUCCCUCCUUCGAGAAGCUGCGUUGAUUUUAGCUCCCGCUUCUGAAACACCAUUCCGGCUGUAUUCAGAGAGGGGAAAGAACAAGGCCAAUGUGGCAGGGAGGCAGCAUUGAGCACUGGCAAGCUGGGUGUGCCAGUUUCUGGGUGCUACACAGCAGGCUCUUGCCUUCAUGUCCUGCUUAUUAUGGGGUCCCCAGAGGUCUCAGCUCAACUACCAAGGGAAACAGGAUGCUGGAACAGAUCAGGCUUCAGUCUGAUCUGGUAGGGAUCUCUUCUAACGUCCUUAAGGCAUUUUCUUCUUUGGUGUGUAUAUAUAUAUAUAUAUAUAUAUAUAUAUAUAUAUGUCCCCUCCCCACCCGCAAAAGGUCUUGUGAGUAGCAGUCCCUGGGAAAUGUUAGCUAGGCCGUUCCUGCUUAUGGUUGCAGCUGCUGGAUUUGAGACGAUAGUUUGGGUGUGGUUCUGCAGUUGUUUCAGGACCUGAGCAUACCUGGUGAAGGAUGUGUGGCAAACAUCAGUACUGUAAGUGACAGGAGAUUGCCUGUUACCUGCCCUCUUGCAUCUGCCCUCCUAUUCACCCUUCGCUUUCACUUUCUCAGACUGACGGAACUGGUUCGCUGUGCCACCAAAGAGGCUCUAUCCAAGGAGUGCCGGCUCUUGGUGUUGGACGUAGUCUGUGAAGAUGAAAAGGAUGAUAGCGUCUUACCGCCUGUUCAUGUCUGGCUCCGACCGAGGGAUCCAACCAAUGAGGAGUAAAGGGAACUGUGUAUAUGUGUAAUACAAUGGAAACCUUUGGACUUGAUAACUGCAAUCUGCUGGAUGUGGGGCUGCCCUUGAGGAUGGUCUGGAAGCUGCUGCUGAUGCAAAAUGCAGCUGUUUGGCUGCUCACUGGAGCAGGAUACCACCAACACAUUACCCUGCUGUUCAGAGAAUUGCUCUGCCUGCCAGCUAGUUUCCAGACUAAGUUCAAGGUUCUGGCCUUGGUGUGUAUAGCCCUAUGCAACUUGGGACCAGGAUACCUGCAAGAUUGUAGGCAAACUAAGGCCUGGGGGCCGGAUCCAGCCCAAUCGCCUUCUAAAUCUGGCCCGCGGAUGGUCCAGAUAUCAGCAUGUUUUUACAUGAGUAGAAUGUGUCCUUUUAUUUAAAAUGCAUCUCUGGGUUAUUUGUGGGGCAUAGGAAUUGGUUCUUUUCCCCCCUUCAAAAUAUAGUCCAGCCCCACACCAGGUCUGAGGAACAGUGGGCCGGCCCCCUGCUGAAAAAGUUUGCUGACCCCUGGCUAGUCUCAUCCCUUAUAUACUCAGCUGAUCACUGCGCUGUGCAGGCGAAGACUUCCUGUAACUGCCUUCUUAUCUGGAGGUUCACAAUGUAUGAAUUGGGCAUAGGAGCCAACUCCUAGAGGCCAAGGUCUCUCUGCCCUCCCCCCAAUAAAAUAUUUGAGGGAGCCGAGCCCCUCCCCAAAGAUAAUGGGCUUUGCCAUUCAAAUGAUGUUCGUGUACCACAUCAUUUAAUUGAUUAUGCAGGAUGGGGCCUACCUGACCCCCCCAAAAUAUUUUAUUCAAGUUGGCACCCCUGGAAUUGGGUCUUUAGAGUGGUGGCACCUGCUCUUUGGAAUUCACUCCCCUUGGAUGUUAGGCAGAGGCAGCCUCUGUUGUUGUUUUGCUGCCUACUGAAGACCUUCCAGCAAGGGUUUUAAACUGCAAGCUUUCCCAGUCUGUUUCUAUGUUGCAAUUGUUUUUUCAAAUGUUCUUGUUGUCUUGCCAUUUGUUGUCUGGCACCCUGGGCUCCUUUGCGAGGAAGGGUAGGAUGCAGAUUAAUUUAAUAAAUGUGGGUAAUAUAUGGAA